UGAAAGCUGUUCCACAAAAUGGAAUUCAUUAUAAUAAAAGCAAGGGAUGGUGAAGGGGAAGGGAUGAGUUGUGAGAUGUGUGAGGCAAAGGAGGCAUUGGGGGGGGGGGGAGGCAGAGAAAUGAGAUGGUAAUUGGAAAGUGGAUGAGUAAACUGUUAAAAGGGGGAGCAACGUAUCUUUUCUUUAUACAGUGGUACCUCGGUUUACAAACUUAAUCCUUUCUGGAAGUCCGUUCUUAAACCGAGGCAUGCUUUCUCUAAUGAGGCCUCCUGCCACUGUUAAGCUUCCGUUCGUAGACUGAGGUAAAGUUCGCUAACCGGAACACUACUUCUGUUUUUGCGGCGUUCUAAUUCCGAAAAGUUCGUAAACUGGGCUGUUCGUAAACUGCGGUAUCAUUGUAGUCUGAAAACAAUGCCGAAUGGAGCCAGGAGUAAGAGUUUUUCCAAAAGGCGGCAGGGUUUCCUUUGCCACAGCAAAAAGACUCAAGGGGCAAUGAUGGCUUGAGUGGCUACAGACAUUGGUGCCAAAACCAGGGAGCUAAUCAGGCUGAGUUCCCAGCGAGACUGCGUGUGAGUUCAAAGAGUCAAAGGGAAUUAUAGUAUUUGAAAAAUGACCAGUGGCAAAUGAAGAAAAGACUCCAGCAAAUAACUGGAAGGAUUGACUGGUUUUUUUGGUGCUUUCUUUAAAAAAACACACACACAUCAAAAGUUGAAUGUGGACUAUAAGUGGGUGUACUGCAGUAGUAAUUAGAUGGUCACAUGAGAAUUCACGGAUCAAUAGUCAACUGCUAAGUGACGUCUUGAGUGCCAUAAAUCCAAGUCCUCAGACUAGCACUGCCAGAGAGCUGGGCCCUUUUCUUUUGUACUGAGCAGUCUUUUCCAACCUGAAACCAUGCUGAUGUUUUAGACUACAAAUCCAUCAGCCUUGGCCAGCAAGAGUGCAAAUUGUGUCUGAAGCAUUUGGAGGACACCAUUUUGGGGGGGGGGGGGUACGAUAUCCUUAGUACAUAAAGUGUUUUCAGAAUGUGCCAAAACGGCAUCACUUUUGGUACAUAUCUUCUGGGAGAUGGCUGUUUCAAAGACUGGGUGGCACAACAGAAAAGGUCCUCUUCCUUGUUGUUGUAAGGUGAAAUGCCACAGGAGUUUCUGCAGAGGAUCUUUAUACACUAGUAAGUUAAGUGCAGGAGAUCUUGAGGUAACCAGAUCCAAAGAUAAUGGCCUAAUUCCUGAGUUAAAUGUUGGGUUUAGGGAAAUGUUCAGGGUGUAUGUGUGCAACUGAAGGAACUAUGAGGGGAUGGGUUGAUAAGGGACUGCAAGGUGUGGCAGGUGGGUGGGGUUGGCAAACCAAGCAAGCAGGGGUGGUAUCCCUUCAUACAUAACAUUGUAAUAUAAUCCCACAGCAGUUUGUGGUUGCUGAUUGGUGGUACUGCAAACUGCACCAUGACAACACACUAGCCCAAGAACUGCUGUGCUGUCAUGGCAGCAUCCGAGACCAAGCAGGGAGGAGAUGGGUGACCCAGGCCAGUGAGUGGGUGGGUGUCCCCAGAAGUGGGCAAGCAUCCUGAGUGAGCAACCAGUUCGGACAAGCCAGCCACUGGAUUUACAGUGGUGGUGGCAUGAGAUGAAGGUGACCCACACCGAGCCUUUCAACCAGUGAUUUCCAAGGCUGAAAGGAUCAGUAUGGUGCAAACUUUGCAAGCAUUUCUAUGUUCCCCGUCGCUGCCAUAGAUGAUAGGGGAGGGGCAGCAGAGAGGGAAAGUUCCACUUCACCUCCCGCCCUCCACCCAAUGCUGCUGCCACCACCAUGGCUGCUAGGGAGGGAAAGGGGAGAUAAGCCUGCUGUUUAAAAUGACAGUAGCAGCUGUGACUGGGAGGUCUGCUGAGAUGAAAGUAGUAACAGUCCACCCAUCUAUUUGGCUGGGUUGCCCCAGCCACUCUGGGUGGUUUCCAACACAUAUAAAAACAUAAUAUAACAUUGAACAUUAAAAACUUCCUGUUACAGGGCUGCCUUCAGAUGUCUGCUAAAAGUUGUGUAGUUGUAUCAGGAGAGGAAGAGGUAUAAAGGGGUUGGGUGUGGCAGGCAGGUGGGGUGGACAAGUAAGUGGGCACGGUGGUAGCUCCUACUAUAAAAGGGGGGGAAAGUGAUCUGCCAACCACUACAUGCUGCUGCUCCCCUUUGGCACCAACAGUGAUCUAUUUGGGGAAUAUUUCAGUUUAUAUAUAGUUUGGGGUUUAAUAAUUCUAUCCCUGAGUAAAGAAUUCCAUAUUUCAUGAAAGGAAAUGUAAUUAAGUACAAACUUACAUUUUGGAGGGAAAUGUUGAAGGUAAGAAACUGCUAUCUCAAUAUCAACUAUAAAAAUCAUUCAAUCAAAGUCUGGAUUUUUUUUAAGCCACUAAAAUGAGCUGUAAUAAUUUGUCAAAAUAAUUCCACAAAAUAUCUAGGGAUUCUUAUAAAAAACAACUUAUUUCAAAACUAUCAUGUGUAGAUAAGGUUUUUUGAACUGAAAUGCAUAGGUCCAUGUAUAACUCCACAAAUGGUCAUCUCAGGCAAUUAUAAAUAUAUUGAUAGAAAAUAAAAUAAUUGGUAUGGAUUUUUAAAAUGUCAUUUUUAAUGUUCUCUUUUGUUGAUAGUCCCAUCAAAUGCAAUGCAGAAAGUAUACAUAACAUUAGUCUUGACCUUAUCUCAAAAUGUAUACCCAAAAAAGGACAAAAAAAUUACAAUCCAUUUCUGUGACUUUUAGAUCUUAAAGAGGGACAAAUUGAGAAAAAUCUUAGGUUAUGGAGAAAGAACAAAUUUGUAGUCCAUGCAGUUGCAGUGCAUGUUAUUUUCUAGGUCAAUUAGCAAGGAGUUUGAAAGAAAAAAGGUUGGCAUGUUGUUUAAAAGAAAACAAGCAUUUUCAAAUUCUGCCUUUGUGAAUAAGCAAUGCAAAAUUUGCAGUGUUUUGUCACCAAGUGAAGUCAUUAGCUCCAGAGACAAAUGCACUGUGCAUUUUCUCAUUAUUGGUUCCCAUAAGUUGAGAUGGAUAAAUAUGUUCAUCCACAUGUUCUUCAUUCUUUGCCUGCAGCACCUCCAUUUUUUCCUAGCUAUCUCAUAAAUUUACAUUAGAUGGCUUACACUGUAAUGCGACUGACGUCAGGAAACAGCCAGUUUGCCUUAUCUGUGUGACAACAGUGAAAAAGUAUAGAAUAAACUCAAGACAAUAUAUUCUUCAUUCUCUGGAUCCUACCUAUAUAAUUGCUAUGCCCGCUCCCAGUGGCUGCAUCCUAACAUGUAAUGCUGUGACAUGGGACAAUAUAUCUAGCCUCCCACCACCCUUGCACACCCUUCAUCCUAUCUCAAAAUUAAACAUUUUCCAAUCUUAGCUAUGGUAAGUGAAAACAAGGAACCUUUGUAGACUAUUUUUUUGUGAUUAACCACAGUUCAUCCUGACUCAAGUCAACCCAGCAACCUGCAGUAAUCCAAAAUGGAACCAAGAGCUAACAAAUUCUCCACAGAUACACAGGCUCAGGGAGGGAGAGGGGAGAAAAGAAGGUAGGUACGUGCCCAGGGAGAGCUAGGCUUGUUUUUGUAACUCUGAGGAAUUGUUGCAGCUGAAUCAACCAGUUCUUGGAAACUUGUUCAUCAAGUUCACUCUAUUAUAUAGGAUGCUGUAUCCCUAGCCUACUCACACCUCCAAGUUUGGACUAUAAAUUCUUAAAACAGUAUUAAUCAGAAAUUCUACCUCAUUUAUUGUAAAUUCUCAAACUGAGAAGUCUCUCAUGAGUCACAUUAAAGCACCUUAAACCUGCAACAUUUAAUAGACUAGCCAAAAGAGGGGGCAAAAUGAAUGAUAUAUUACUUACAGUAUUUAUUUUAAAACAAAUAGAAAAUGAUUGCUUUCAAAUGCUUUAACUAUCACUGGGCAACAAUUUUUUACUUUUUGAAUGUUGUCUAGAUUUCUACAACUGAUUUAGGGUAUUUUUGCACUGCUGAAUCAGGAAAUGGCAUCCGUUUCUCUCCAUCAGGUCAGAUUUUUGUGCUAUGUUGAUGUGAAAAAAAAUCAGAUCUUGUGACAAAAUCGAUUACAUUUCUGUGGCAUUAUCAGCUGAUUUUUGUCAACACAUAUUAUCCUAAAUAUGUUUUUAAGAGAAAAAAAUGUUUUUCCAACAACAUAUAUUGAUUACCUGAUAGAAACAUCGAUUACUGUAAACUGAAUGGUGGGCAUUGAUAAAGGUAAGUACACGUAAAUUGCAUGUUGCUUCACCAUUUUUCAAACUUCAGGGCUUGAACUUCAGUUUCUUGGAACUCCUGGAAUGCUCAGCGGCAGGGAGGUCUCUCUUCAGAGUCUCUCUGUCAGAGAGGAGGUUUUUUUCCUUCAAUCUGGAUGCCAAUAGUUCGGCAGAGUCCUUUGACAAGCUGAGGUCGCGAACUAGAUCAUUCAACUCCUUUUGGGAAAAUGGAUGUGGAGCAUCAUCUUCAAGAACCACCUCCUCUUCAUGUCCUUCAACACUGGAGGCAUCUUCGUCACUAAUGUCAGGAAGUUCUCCGAAGAUAGGCACUGGAAUUUCAUCACAAUGAGCUACAGGACGACUUGCUGAUUGAAGAUCAGGAUACUUGAGGCUGUUCCGGUUCUUUCUGUUGAUCCCAGUCACAUCAACAGCACAGAAGUAGCAGUCAGUGACAUGGUUUGUCGGCUCCCUCCAAACCAUGGGAAUUCCAAAGUUCAGACUCCUCUUGCCAUUGGUCCACCCACGUAGAGUCUCGGUGCAUGCCUUGCACACCAUGUGUGGCGCCCAAGCUUUAUCCUGGUCACCAAAUUUAAUACCAAAAUAAGAAUGGUAAGCACGCCUUAUGAAACUUGUGACUGGCUUCCUAUUAGGAGCAAUGGUGUAUUCUCCACAUAUGUAGCAGAACACAUCGGGCUUAUUUCUGCACGAUCUCCUGGCUGAAGUCAUCUCAUUCACCUGCAAAACAAAAAUAGGUGGAGUUUCCUAUACUUCGUGGGGCAGCUGCCCCAUUAACUUAGUUUUGAUCCCCCAACUUUAUGCUUUGCCGCACCAAUUUAUGGAAGAUUUUGAGGUUUUAUGACUUCAAACUGAUCCCUUUUCGACAUAAUCACCCAGAACUCUCGGACCUGAAUACUUCUUGUCAUUAAAAUAAUCAUUUCCAAUCAAAACAAUUAUUCGACAUGGCAUUUUACCCCCACCAACUUCUUCUAAAAUGCUCCACACAAGCGUACAUGUGAACAAAAACGUAAAAAAACAACAUGUGGCCAUAGCUCAAAAACUUGACCUGAUUGAGCAAAACCAAUGUGAUUUUUGGAUUCAGUGCAUCAGAUUCGUCCUAAAUCAGCUGGAAAAAUGCAGACAACAAAUUUGUUGUUGACCAGUGAUUGUUAAGCAAACUUAGAAGUUCAAUUUACUUGAUCAUUAGGGUAUGUGUAAGAGACAAGUUUAAUUAUAAAGAAACUAGACAUUCCACUUUUUUCCUUGUUAAAAGAACAACAAAAAACACUGAGCCAUUGGUCUGAAAAAGGUGAGACUAACCACCACUGGCAAUCCCCACCCUAAGUUAACUACUAAGUAUGUUGGACUUAUCCCAAACAAAUGAACAAUUUGGUGAUAUGUGAAGACUGCUCCUUUAAAUGUUUACCCAGAAAUAAAUCCCAAAGAGUUUAACGGGAUUUAUUGCUAUGCUGCCUUAUUUUCAAAUGCAAAUGUUUUUGUAGAACAGUACCACAUAAAGCUCUGUGAAGUUGUGGGAGGCAAUUUUUGCAUUUCCUACAUUGGAUACAGUUGCCAUCACAAAACCCACCAAUUCAGCUAAGUUUGGCAAAGAGAUAUGAAGCCUAAUAGAUGUUCUGCCACUUUCAAAGUGUCUGCUAGGUCAAUAAUUGUAGUCAAAUUAGCAGCAAAAAUCAGUUUAGCUGCCUGUUCUCUUGCCACUUUUAUGCUAAACAUGGCAGUCAGCUGAGUUUUACUCAGAGAAGAGCCAUCAAAAUUAAUGAACCUAACUCAUCAUGUUCAUUAAUUUAAAUAUGUCUAGAAGACUACUACCCUUAGUCUUCUACUGUAAGCUUUUUAAAAAUAACUAUUUAGGGCAGAAAUUAGUAUAAUUUAAUCUUAACUGUUCCACUGUCCACUACUGUUCCAAUGUGCAGUGAAUAAGAACCUGUAGUCUAGCAACAUUUGGAAGGCUGCAGGUUUCCCGACCUAAACACUACUGGUCCUGCAGGGUGAGAAUGUCAAAAAACAUUUUAAAGCUUUUAAACUGAUUGCAAAUACAAGUUUUGCUAGGCCUGCUAUUUCCUUCUGUAAAUCCCCCGCAAAACCACAUAUAAAGUUGAGCAGGCUUUACUGCUUCAUGACACAUUUGCAGCAUCUCCACCCUUAUUCUUUUUAUAUAAGUUUUAUAUAAGGAACUAUGGAAACCAUGAGGAUACCACUUACCCAGAAAUAGUUAGAUGGUAUUAAUACCAUAAUUGUACUUGGGCAGGAAAAUCUGAAAUAGAUUUAUACACCCAAUACAGAUACCAUACUUUCUGGACUAACCUGGAAUAUAACUAUAAUCUCUGCAUUCUUUCAGCAUAGUGACUGGGAGACAUGACUGCAAUUCACAGGACAGAUUUCCAGUAACCACUCGCCUGUUAAAAAUGUGACUAUUGCAACAAGGCGGCAACAUGGGGGAAAUGUAGGGAAAAUAGACUAAAGACCAAUGAUCUUAUUCUUUGACUAUUUUUUAAAACUACUAUUAGUGGAUAGACUAAUAGCAAUUGAUGUAAUUGAACCACUGACUAAUUGAAGUAAUUGAUAAAUAUAUAAACAAAUAUAAGAAUGGUUCAUUAAAGGAAGAACUGUAAUGAGGGCCUUCUUGGUGGCUGCUCCCAGACUUUGGAACUCCUAUUAUUAUUAUUAUUAAAUUUUUAUACCGCCCUAUACCCUCUCAGGGUGGUUCACAGAACAAAAUCAAAAUAUAACACCACAAAAUAUAUAAUCAAAAUAAAAACAACCUAAUAACCCCCCCAAAAACCCCAAGUUUUAAAAGGGCUUAGGAUUUGUCAAUGAAAUCAACCAAAGGCAUGAUUAAAAAGGAAUGUUUUUGCCUGGUGCCUAAAGGUGUAUUAUGAAGAUGCCAGGCGAACUUCCCUGGAGAGAGCAUUCCAGACAUGGAACCACUGCAGAGAAGGCCCAUUUUCCAAACCUCUCAAGGAGGCACGAAAAAGAGUUUCAGAAGUUGAUCCCAGGGUUGAUAUGGAGAGAGGCAGUCCUUGAGGUAUUGCAGUCCUGAGCCAUUUGGCUUUAUAGGUCAAAACCAGCACUUUGAAUUGGGCCUGGAAACUAAUUGGUAGCCAGUGCAGUCGGACCAGGAUCAGUGUAAUACGCUCAAACAGUCUUGCUCCAGUGAGCAACCUGGCCACUGAAUUCUGCACUAGCUGAAGUUUCCAAACCGUCUUCAGAGGCAGCCCUACAUAUAACGCUUUGCAGUAAUCUAACCCUGAGGUUACUAGAACAUAGACAACAGUAGUUAGGCUAUCCCUAUCAAGAUAUAGGUCUAAACCACUGAGCCUUGGGCUUGCUGAUCAAAAGGCUGGCGGUUUGAGUCCCCGCGACAGGGUGAGCUCCCAUUGCUUGGUCCCAGCUCCUGCCAACCUAGCAGUUCAAAAGCACGCCAAAAGUGGAAGUAGAUAAAUAGGUACCACUCCGACAGGAAGGUAAACAGUGUUUCCGUGUACUGCUCUGGUUUUGCCAGAGGUGGCUUAGUCAUGCUGGCCCCAUGACCCAGAAAAACUAUCUGUGGACAAACGUCGGCUCCCUCAGCCUGUAAAGCGAGAUGAGCGCCGCAACCCCAGAGUGGUUUGCGACUGGACUUAACUGCCAGAGGUCCCUUUACAAAAAUAGGAGCUUAGAUGGACCACCAGAGCCUCAAGUGACACCAAAGGAUCCAGGAGUACUCCCAAGCUAUGAACCUGCUCCUUCAGAGGAAGUGUAACCCCAGCAAGAGCAGGCGAUCUCCUGCCUAUCUGCUCUAUGGAAACACCCAUUAACAGUGCCUCAGUCUUAUCUGGAUUGAGCUUCAGUUUGUUGGCUCUCAUCCAGUCCACUACUGAGGCAAUAAACUGGUCCUGCACUUCCACUGCCUCACCUGCAGAUGUAAAGGAGAAAUAGAGCUGAGUGCCAUCAGCAUACUGCUGACAACAUACUCCAAACCUCUGGAUAACCCUACCCAGCAGUUUCAUGUAGAUGUUAAACAACGUAGGGGAUAGAAUUGAGCCCUGUGGAACCCCACAUUGAAGGUCCCGUGGGGCUGAAAAGCAUUCCCUAAGCAACACCGUCUGGGAACGACCAUCCAGUUAGGACUGAAACCACUGCAAAGCGGUGUCACCCACUCCUAGUUUGGAGAGUCGCUCCAGAAGGAUACCAUGGUUGAUGGUACUGAAAGCUGCUGAGAGGUCGAGAAGAAUUAACAGGGAUGUGUUUCCCUUGUCUCUCUCUCUUGACAGAGAUCAUCAUACAGGGUGACCACAGCAGAUUCUGUGCCAAAACCGGGCCUAAACCCCAACUGAAAUGGAUCCAGAAAAUCAAUUUCUUCCAAAAGCACCUGGAUCUGGUCUGCUUCCUAGAGAAGCUACACUGGCUUCCUCCUUGCUGACCUUCUGCCAGCAGGUGAAGACUUUCUUGCUUCUAUAGGCUUUUCGGAAUUGACUCCUUUUCAUUAAAGGGCUGGUGCCAUGCUGUUUCUAUUGUAAUGUUUUAAACAGGUGUUAUAUGUGCAUACAGUUAUAAUCCUAUUAAUGUUUAAUUGUAUUUUAAGGAUUGACCUUUCCGUUUUUGGUGAUUCUUGUUUUUAUAUGUAAGUUGCUUUGAGGUUCUUGAAGAUGAUGAUGUUGAUGAUGAACGUGAGGAGGAUGCUAUACAUACGGUAUAAAAACAAAAUAAUGACAUGUUUAGCCCUGAAUGUGAAUGAAUUUUUUGAAUGAAUUUUUUUGGGGGAGGGGGGAGAGCCUAGCUUAUAUAAUAUAUCUAGUUUUACACUAGACAAGAAUGGGAAGAAAUUAUAUCUAAGUUCAUCUAGAUAGAAAAAAGUGCAAAUAAAUAACAGCAAUUGUAGCCUGUAAGGAGGACUGAGAAUCCCCAUUUAGAAAAGUAUUAUGAAGCAGAAAUUUUGAAAUGUGUAGUGCUUUGAGGAAUACCAAUAUUAGGCCUAUGCAGAAGCACAAGGUGCAAAUGAGUAUUUCAUGGAAUCAAAGAAUUGCAGAAUUGGAAGAGAUCCACAGGGUCAUCUAAUCUAACCCCCUGCUAUACAAGAAUCUCAACUAAAGCCUCCAAGACAAAUGGCCAUCCAAUUUGGAUUCAUUUAUUGGAGUCUUUGGGGAAAUUGGAUUCAUUUAUUGGAGUCUUUGGGGAAUAGAAUGGUAAGAGAUGGUAAGGUGAAUGGAAAGUGCUGGUUGUGUAACAAAACAAAAGGAGAUUCAUACAUAUAUGGUGGAAAUGAUGGAAAGAUAGAUCAUGAAUACAUCCGAGAGGCACUCAUUAAAGAUUUCCCCUGACGUACUUCCCACAGACUGAGACAAACAAAACUGGGCAAUUAUUAGUCCUUCUCUACAUUGCUAUCAGCAUGAGUCACAAACUUCUCUCAUUGCUUUAUGCAGCUCUGGAGACCUUGUCUAUAGAAGUCAGCAGUUUGCCUCAGAAGCCACGACUUGUUAUCGUCUGGGAAAAGCUUGCCCUUCCAAAAAUAACUUCAUGCCUCUCGAUUUUGAUGGCCUUCCGCAAUUUCUGCAGCAGUGAAGUGUAGUAUGUCCCAGUAAUUGUUAUACCCUUUCCAGGAAAUCUAUCAUCAUUACUCCGCACUGGUCCCACACUGAUCUUGACAUCUGCAGCUAGUAGGCAAACAGUUAUGCAGGGAUCCUCCAAAACAGCAGCCUCCACUUGCUGGAUGGUGUCUUCAUCAAUGGGGGACUGUGGUUGCCCAGGAAUGGGAGCUGUUUCCACUGAAGUCCGGCCACACUUGAACUGACGAUGCCAGUGCUUGACUACGUCAUACAAUGGGGCAUCCUCCCCAUAAGAUCCUUUCAUCUCAUCAAACGUCUCCUGUGAUGUGCGCCCUUUCAAGUACAGGAACCUGAUAAUCGCCCUGCAUUUGACUGGUUCCAUUAUCAGACAUUACUCCACAUUAGCAUUUGUAGCACAGAAACUGUUAUGAGUUCAGAGCUACAAAUUACCACAUUAGCCACUAUCCAGAGAAAGAAAGCUAGAUUAUUUUGCGGUAUGGUAAUAAGUUACAUUUAAGCAUUAUUUAAUAAUGGUCCUCCAAGUAUACUAUAUUUGAUCUUAUUCUUAAUUUUUAAAAUAGCAUUUGUGUAGGAAGAGCUUCAGGGGUUUUUUUGAGUUUUAAAAGCGUUCACACAUAAAUACAGAAUUAUGCAUACUGUAACUGUACACCAGCAUUAUAAGGAGGAAAAAUGAUUUCCGCUUGAGGUGGGCAGGGGCAAGAAUUUAUCACCUCAUCAACUAUUUAACCAGAGUUAUUGCAAGAACAGAGGGAGGCAACUAAUCCACUUUUAACUAUCUUCAAUCUAUAGCUGCUGCACAAAAUUUACAACAUAACCUUCCGCAUGUUUACUCAAAAGUAAAGCCCACGGUGUUCAACAGGGUUUGUCUCCAGGCAAGUGUCCUUGCUGGUAGCCCUGCAGGGGAAACCUCUGCCCAUCUCACCUGCCCCCUUAGGCUGGCUCCCCGCUUCCUCUUCAGCAUCAGUCCCGCUCCCACCUCCCGGCCAUGCGUAGGCUGACACUGCCUUCCUCACAGAGUCCUGGUGUUAUUGGACUACAACUCCCAUCCCUGCUUACCUACCCCUGGCUGGGGCACGUGGGCGUUGAAAUCCCAACAAAAUGCGGAAGACCACGGGUCCCCCCCUCCUGCCUUGCGGGGCUGUUGUAAGGAUCGCAGCCAGGCAGCGCGCAUGAAACGCUUUAACCACCCGAAAGCAUUAUGUCUAGGCUUUAAGUCAGGCCACCUCCUCAGAAACAAGUCCCCCGCCCUGAGUUUAGUAGGCCUUAACUGCAACCUACUGCUACAGAGCUCUCAAAAAUAAUAAUGUACACACGCCUCUGUAUAUCUCUGGUAAGAAAAACGUACUGUUCUCGGACGACGACGACACCGUAAUGGUUUUUGUACACGGGCACCAUCUUAGGAGGGGUAAUUCUCUUGUGUGAGGGAGAGGGAAGGAAAGAGGGGAGGGAGAGAUGCCUCUUCUAAGAUGGCGGCCGCCCUCAGCGCCACACGCUCAGCCGUCAGAAGCCCCGUUCAAGAGACGAGAGCGCGGCCCGACUAAGCGCAAACGCCUGUUUUUGGCGACCGAAAGUCGUCUCGCCUGCAACCCUCGGCUGAACGUUACCCGUUUCUGAAGGGCAACGUGGGAAGAGCCGCGCUCCGCCACCCGAGCAACGCAGCCGCUCAGCCGCCGCGGAGGAAGGGAAAUCUAACCCGCCGCAGAGAUGGAAGACGCAGGUGCCGCCUCCGCCGCUAACCGCCCUUUCCCAGGUGGCCGGUCGCCUCUCCAGGUUCGCCGCCGCCUCUCGCUGCCCCUAAACCACUUGAAGUAACGCGCGGAAUCCGCGACAAGCUCCGACUCGCCCGGCCUCCCCUUUCUAACUGCGCCACUCGCGGCGGCAGCCGCCGCUGCUGCUGCUGUGGGAAAGCGACCAGGCGGGCCGCAGCGGCCCGAGUUCAAACCCCGCUCGGCGAUUGGCGGCUUUCUUUGUCCGUCCAAUCCUGGCGCCGCUUCCAUUGGGAGGGGAGAGUGGCGCUCGCGGGCCGUGAGCCCGCCCCCCUCUCUCUCCCCUCCUCCCUCUACCGCCCGGGCUCUCUCAAGCGACGAGCGCCGUGAGGUAAAUACAAGCAGCAUCUCAAAAUGGCGGCGCCACCGAGUCCCGGACGAGGCGCGGUGGUAGCGCCGCAGCCGGAGCCCUUCUCCUCGAACUUGGCGGCAGAGAGCAGGGCCUCUCCGCGCGGCUUCCCGUCAGCUGCCAAGCGCAUGAAGGGAGCAGAAGAGCGGACGCUCAAGGGGCCUAAGCGCGUUAACGGCGAGGGCGGCGGCGGCGGCGGCAGUAAUAGGCAGCAGCAACAGCCUCCGCCGCCGCCGCCGCCGCCGCACAUACCAGGGGCGCCAACCCCGGUCGGACACGGAAGCCCCGCCGUGUGGAGUUUCACGGCGUUCUCUUCGGGCGGCGGGAGCGCGGCGAGCAGCGGCGGGUCUUUCGUUUUCCCGCCUCAGCUGCCCCACAAGUUGCUGCUGCCGCCGCCGCCGCCCUCCCACCGCUGCCUGGCCUCGGGCGCCGACGGAGGCGGCAGCAACAGCACCAGCGCCGGCGGCAGCAAGACCAAGAGGCCCAAGGAAAAGCGGGACAAGGAGAAGAGGAAACUCGGGGCCCUGCCUGGGUCGUCGAUGGUGGCGGCGGCGGCGGCAGGAGGAGGAGGAGGCGGCGGCGGCCCGAGCGCGGCUGGCCGGGAGGAGAACGGCGACGUGAAAGCGCUGCUGCGGCAACAGCAGCACCGCCACCGCCACAGCCACCGCCAGGAAGGUGAGCGGAGUGUGACCCGGGGGAGGCAGCCGGCAGGCCCGGGGGUGCGGGGAAACGUCGAGAGCGGGGCGGGAGGAGCGGCGGCGGCGGCGGGGAAACGGCCUACCCGCCGCGCCGACUCGGGGCUCCCAGGAAAGCAGCCGCGUUCAGGAGGGAGAAGGAGGAGGAAAUGGUUGCUCUCUUCAGCGAGUCUGACACCGGAAUGGCUGACUCGGCGGCACAUGGAGCGAACACGUUGGCUCGCUGCUUCGCCGCGUGUCUCCGGCGGGGGUGGGUGCCCUUCGUCCCGUCUUACAGGGGCUACACCUGGGGGUGAUUUGAGGCUGGUGGGCUCCGUCGGCUGGGGGUCUGCCGUGCUGCUGGUGGCGGGUACCUUUUGCAGGGAAAGCGGCAACGGCAGCGCUGUCUGGCGGCUCCUGUCAAAAAGGGGGUGUGGAAACGGCCACUGCCGUGGGUGGAAGCUGCCAGAGGCCUUAGGUUUUCAGACCUAUUAGGGAAAUAAGGGUGCCUUGUAGCUGGCGGCAAAGAGUCAGAUGGGCAUCUUAACAAUGAAAUGCCGUUUUAUGGUUCAGAUUAAAUUUUGAUUAUGAGUAUAUACAUUCAUGUCUCAUUGAAAGGCUGCAUUUAUUAAGUGGGUUAAUAUUGAUAGCUCAUGCCCUGUGGUAGGAACGCCAAGCAUAUUACAGCAGUGUAAGUGUUUUGAAUGUUCAAAAUGAUGUGCUGAGUUCAAAAUGUUGUUUUUCAUUUUAAAACUAGAAAUGGCUGACUUGUAUUUUGCAGCAUAUACGGUUUCAGCCAUAAUGCAGUCACCUAAUGAUUAUGGAAACUGUAAAAGUGCUGUAAACUUGAGCGCAACUUCGCCUGCUUUUAAAAUCCCAAUGGGAUGAUCAUAUAAAAGCUGUUUGAUAUCCUAUCUAAUAUCAAUAUGUCUUUGAGCUGGAUAGGAUGCAGCUAGCCCAGUUUUGUGCUUAUUUAUGGGGAAGUAAACUGCACUUGUUCCCAAACAAUUUAACUGUCUAACUGACCUUGCCCAGUUGCAGCAUUAUUAGACUCCACUUGGUACUGAUGCAGCUGAGAAGUUUGGCUCUUUACUUCAGUAUAGGGAACUUAGGCAGCUUGGCUAAAUCUAUAUAACUGAACCAGCAUAGGCUUGCAUAAAUUUCAGGUGCAAAGAAAUGGGGUGUGGCAGGAUCAGUGUUAGUUGGCGGGAUUAGCUCCUUGACUUGCACUUCUGGAAAUCUGCAAGCCAAUAACAAGAGUGAUGUCAAGGCGGACCACCAUAAUAUAGCUUAAGAACAAACAUGCAUAUUCUCUUCCAUGCAUGCAGCUGGCAAGAAUACUAAAUGCACCCCACAACCACACACAAUUAUUGCUUAAUAGAAUAGCAAAUGGACAGACUGAUACAUUUGUUGCCAACAGGAGUUUAGUAGUAUCCAUCUUAGCUGGUGUAUAGAAAUGGACUCCUUUUUUCAGAAGUGCAGGCAACAGAAUUUAACAUGUUGGAACAGGGAUGGGGAAUGUUUGGCCUGCAGGACUCUCUGUCUGGCCCUCAGAACUCUCCCCAGACCACAUCCUUUGCUAACCCUGUUUUUUACUCCCAAGAGUUUUUUCAUGGCUGAAACAUGCCAUUGAGCUCUGAUAAUUCGCCUUGCUUGCCUGGGUGGAGAAUAAAGAGGAGUGUGUGUAGAAACUAGCAUACUAUAGAAAGGCAAAAAUUUCAUUUGUUGCUUUGCCCACUUUCACCUCUGCUACAGUGCAUGUUGCUUGGAAGAGAAGUUUCCCCACCUCUGUCUUAGCAAGCCUUAACCGUAGUGCUGCAGGGACUAUGUUCCAGAACAGUGCUAAGUCGAUAUGGAUACAUUUUAGAGAUGAAUAGUUCGUGGUGGUUAACAUUGCAAAGUUGCAUUUUGCAGCUCACCCCUGUUGAUUCAAGAGGACAGUAUUGAUCUAUGAAAUUUCUGGAUUACACUAAAAGGAGAUUUACAGUGUUGAGUAAAAAAUAUUUACUCAGACAUAAGUCUCACUGAGUCUAGGGUUUACUGUCAGAUAUACAUUUGAUUGCAGCCUUUGAUUCGUCAGUUCAUUGAAAAAUAAUCAUUGUGGAAUGCUGAGGUUCACUUGUGUCCUUAAAUAUUAAUCCAAUUUUUUUGUCAAAUGAGAUGUUCCUAUUGAUCUUUUUGUAAGGAACGGCACUACAUUGGUCUUAGUUGUUGUUUAGUGGCAGGAUAUCUAUCACAGAUAAAGGCUACAUAGAGUGGGGGAGAAAUACUUGAGGACCUGACUAAAUGUGAUGAGGCUGCCACGUGUCUGCCCUCUUCAUGUAUAAGGUGUGGGUGUGGAGUUUGUUUAUAUAAAAUGAAGCUCAAGGGUGAGUGGAGUGAAACUAUCCACUUUUCAGCUUAUCUUGUUAUGCUCUGAUAUCUGGAGGAAUUUUUUAAAGCCCAUCUCUGAUCCUGGGUGGGAAGCCAAGUUGGGGACAAAAUUCAGUAAACCAGUGAAGCACAGUAAAGUAAACCAGGAAAUACUUCAGUUCUCCUCACCUGUAUGCUCCUUUCAUGUAAAAAACAAAAAGGCACCACCACCAGCCUUCUGCAACUUCAUGUGUGAACUGGGCAAACGUGUAUAAAAGCCAUAUGGCUGCCCUAUCACAUGUAACUUCAGUUGUAAAACCAUGUACGUAGAUUCUUGUCCUUUUCAAACAGUGCUUAACUUUACAUUUGCUUUCAAUGCACAGCAGUAAACCUUUCACUUCUUUUAACUUACCCAGAAUGCUUCUAUCUUUAAGUCUAUAGGUAUCACAUUUUUCUUUUAAUGAUUGUACAAGAGCAAUUUUGAGGCACAUCACAGGUUAUUCAAGUUUGUAGUGUGAAUAUGUAUUAUAUCCAGGUAAACAUAGCAAAAUUUCUGUAAACUGGAAAAUAAUUGAUUUUCUUUACUCUAUUCCACCUGUCAUGCUUUUGGUGUACAACAGAUGGAAAAAAAUAACUCUAGACAUUCAGUCUAGUAAAAAUAAUAAUACAUGACUGGUCUUCUAAUCACACCAGUAUGAAGAAUGCUUUCCUAAUAUUUCUAAUUAAUGUUGUAUUCCACUUAGAGCUUUUGUAACCCAUAGAUUGUUGUUAGCAUGGUGUGUCAGAUAGUGUUGAACUUGGAUUGGCUAGAAGCAGGUUCAGCCAUGUAGUUUACUAGGUGACCUUGGGCCAGUUGUUAUCUCUCAGCCUAACCUAUCUUAUAAAGUUACAAGAAAGUAAAAAGUGUUUGUGUGAAUGGAGAGAAGGGAAGGGAAACUAUGUACUCCACACUAAAGUGUUUCAUAGACUCAUACAAUUGUAGAGUUGAAUGGUAUCCCGAGAGUCAUCUAGUCUAACCUCCUUUUUAGAGGAAACGUGGAAUAAAAUGUAAUAAAUUGUAGAUAUAUUUGGCUUUUCAGAGUAGUAGCAAACUUUCUGAAAGAUGCUUGUUUCUUAUGGUAGUGACAGCUGACCAAACAACCUGGAUAGUCUUAUGCAUCUCUGAAUAUGAAGUACAGUCCAGGCGAUUAGUGUGUCAAGAGUAAUUUAUCCAGGCCUCCUUUUCCUUUCACAGGGAUUUCAUCACUUGAUUUCCCAGUGUUGGAGCACUAAUGCAUGUUUAAAUGGUAUUAUAAAAGUGCUUUGUACUAGGGAGUGUUUCUGGAGUAUGGAAAAUGACCCGGCCUCUAGUAAGAACCCAUUUGUGCCUGAGAGUACCACAUCAGAAACCCAAGCUCUAGAACAGUGCAGGGGUUCUGUUGCUGCAGAAGCACUUGUAGUCUAACUUUUCCUUGCUUGUACAGCAGACAAAGACUUCUGGUGUCGUGGUAAGGAAGGAAGAGGGAGAUUCUCUGUGGCUCCACCAAUUAGUCUCUUGUUUGACUUAUUGGAAAACUCCUAACUGCUAAAGUGCCUUCUCGUAUAGAAAUCUCCAUCUGCUUGUGUCUGACGAGGUUCAACACCAAUGCUUCCAAAGGAGGUGUGAAAAUAUUGCUUCAAAAGCUAAACUUUAAAUUGCUAGGCAUUGAUGAAUUGAUUUUAUAACACUUCAGAAUCCUUUUCAAUAAAAGGGUUAGCUGUUAUAGAGCUUUUCCAAUACAGAAGCAAAGAAACAUAACUAAACUCUACACAAUUGGGAAAUGCAGAGUACAGCUAAUCUUAAUUUGAAUAGCUGUAACGUUUCCCCCUCUCCUUGACACGUGAAUAUAAAAAAAGAGGUAGAUGUUGUCAGAGAAUUGUUGUUUUCAUGUUGUGUCUCAUAGACUGCAAUUUAAGGUGUCAUGGCUGUCAAUCUAAGCCAAGGUGUAUCUGAACAAUUAUAUAUUCUGUACUACUUAAACUGUAAAUCCUCUGAAUAUAUUUGUUGGAUUUAAUUCUUUUGGUUACUGGAGAGCUAACAUGCACAGAAAUGCUUUCCAUGUUUGAGAGGCAGGAUCCUGGUUCCUGCAUUUUUACUUAUUUGAAAAGGAGGGAUAAGGGGUUGGGUUGCUCAGUGUCUCAGCACAGUAGUUUAAUGUCCACGUCUCAACCCACACUGAACUAAUGUCCUGAAGUUGGGUGAACAUAUGAGUGUGAGCUAUGAAAACAAAAGGUUUCCAAAGCUUGAGGAGUUGCCCUGUUGUUGCCCAGGGAACAAGAAAAUCAUUUAUUGUAGGGCCUUAUUUAUAUAUUUAAUUUUAGCAUGAGCCUAUGUUCAUUUAAAAAUGUUGUGUGGUCACUGAUGGGAUAGUUUUGACAUUUACAGAACUCGUUUAAAAGUCAAGUCUGUACCUGUCACUGAGAUCAUGAAUUUAGAACGAUCUAAUUAUGUUAAUGCGUUCAUGGUGAAAUGGCUAGGAUAGAGCUUUCUGUUUUCAAGAUAUGACUCGAAACUCAUUGUCCUAGCCCUUUGUUUAAAUGAUUUAAUCAUUACUUGUUUUAGUUGUAAGUUAAUAUUUUAUUUUUACUAUUCAGCUAAAUAACAUGGGCAAUUUCUAAUAAACAUUCAAACAAAUAAAUACAAAAAAGGAUCACAAAGUUAUAGAAAAGAAGAGAACCAAAUUUAAUACAACAUUUAUAUUAUAGUAGAAAAUAAAAUCAACGUGACAGUACUUUUUAAUUUAAAAAGUGCAAAACUUUUGAAGCAGUUGCUUAGACAUUUGAAAUGGCUCACAGAGCCAGAAUUUAUUUUUACUUUAUUAUCUUGUCUUUCUGCUCUUACACCAGCAGAUUCCUUUUCAGUAUCUGCAAUGCUUAAACUAUUCAAGUGAAUUUGGUUUUAGUGCUGAUGACAAAUUUCUGGACUGAGACUCAGAAACAUCCUGUACCUAAAUUCUUAAGAGCGUUUCCACCUUUUUUCUGAUUAACUGUUCUGCCCCAUCCCUGUUUGGUGGACCUUCAGGUUUUAGUGAAAAAGCCAAUCAGAUUCUGAAAGCUGUGCUACAACAAGAUACAUAAAUCCAUACAGAAAAUGUUACUGCUUAUUCUUACCAGAACAGUAAAUAUAUAUUUACAUGUUAUUAUUUUCAGAUUUCACUUGGAAUAUCUUGAAUAUUGUGUUUUGAACUGAUGUAGAUCAAAAUGAUAUUUGCCAGAAAUGACAGUACUGAACUUGUGCAAAAUGAAACUAAUCCUCUUUGCACUUAACUGGUAGUAAAUGUUUUGAACACAAUGGGACUUACUUAUGAGUAAGUUAAAUACAGUAAUGAUAAAGUCAGUAUAGAUUAAGUUCUAAAUUGCAAUAUGCAAGAUAAAGAAUGGAUAUGAAUUUUCUGUUAUGAAGUAACAAAUUUGAUCAGCACAGACUUAAAUGAAAACUUAGUGUAGGUGGUAUUUAACUUCAAAUACACCUAGUACUAUUUAUUCAAAUAUGUUGGACAGUCUUCUCAUGAUAAUUUUUUAACACAGCUUUUUUAAAGAUGCAUGAAAAGAGAUUUUGUCUAAUAGACAGUACCCCCUUAAUUUGGUUUAACUUUGGAUUCUGGAAAAGUUUUACUAGGUUUUCUAAAAGAGUAAGUAGAACAGGUAUAUUUACAAUUAAUCAUUCGGUUAUCGGUAGCUUACACUUUUAGAAAUAGUUGUUGCUAAUUGUACGAAAACAUGCAUUACACAAAUCUGGGUGGUUUAAGAAGAUUUGGGAAAUAGUUAACUUUGUUAAACAUAUUUUCCAAAAAGUUAUUUUAGAUCUUAUAUCAAGAGGUUCAUAGAAAGAUUAUCUUUGUUUAUUGAAUAAUAAAUUUAUUAAUGAUUUGCAACUGUAUAGUGUUAUAAUUUAUCCAUUUUUUACAGAUUAUGUCUGUUUAGCUUUUAAAUCCUGUAUAUGUGGUUUUUCUUUUCUUUUGUUUUCAUAUUAUGUUAAAUUUCAUAAAUACAGGAAAAAUGGACGUAGUUCUUGAAAAAUAGUUUACAAACACUGAACAAAUAUUUCAUUUUCUCUGUCACUCUGUGCUUUGUUUCCAAAAAAUUUGUUACUCAAAAUACCAGUUCUCAGUCUUAUUUGUUCUAAAAAUAUCUUAAUGUGUGUGUGUGGGGGGGGAAAUGGUUCUGGCUUUGCUAUUUUAUGAGUUUAUUCUUACAACUAGUCCACAUUGAUGCAUGUGAUACAUAGCCAGAACACGUUUUGUUUACCUGGCUUUUAAGAGGGCACACUUCCAUUAAUAACACACAAUGAAACAUUUCAAAUUAACAUAAAUGAUAGUUUACAUAAGGAACCUACUAAUUCUUUUAGUGAAGAUGUUGGAAAUUUGGGGACAGUUUAAAAAGUAGGUCAUGCUUUCAAGGGAGGAGAGGGUGCCAAAUCUGUGGCAAAGGAUGGAUGCGGCAUCAACUAACUGAUGCCCCAACUGACAACGUAAUUGGAGAAGAAGACUUUUUUUUAAAGACAACUUUGCUGAUGACAUGAAGUCAUCUGUAAGAUGCUUCUUAUUUCUCAGUCUCUGAAACUGACAUCUAGAAUUGGGAAUGGUACAAAGUGCUAUAUAAUCCGUGUUCAGUUAAUGCCAGAGAGUCUUUUUAACUUCAAAUCUUGGCUUGCUGUGAUAUGCGUAAGCAAUAGAACUUCUCCUUUGCUCUAAAUUCCAUAUGCAGCGCACAGUUCUUCAUAUUUCUAAAUGCUUAAUCCAUUGUGGCAUUUAAAAAUUAUUUAUUAAGUCUAUGCAUGUAUGUAUGUAGGACGCGGGUGGCGCUGUGGGUUAAACCACUGAGCCUAGGACUUGCCGAUCAGAAGGUCGGCGGUUCGAAUCCCCGCGACGGGGUGAGCUCCCGUUGCUCAGUCCCUGCUCCUGCCAACCUAGCAGUUUGAAAGCACGUCAAAGUGCAAGUAGAUUAAUAGGUACCGUUCCGGCGGGAAGGUAAACGGCGUUUCCGUGCGCUGCUCUGGUUCGCCAGAAGCAGCUUAGUCAUGCUGGCCACAUGACCCGGAAGCUGUACGCCGGCUCCCUCGGCCAGUAAAGCGAGAUGAGCGCCACAACCCCAGAGUCAGUCACGACUGGACCUAAUGGUCAGGGGGCCCUUUACCUUUACCUUUACCUUAUGUAUGUGUGUAUGUAUGUAUGUAUGUAUUAAGUUUAUAGGGUAGACAAUGAGUUGCAAACUGGGAACCAAAAUUAUAUUCAGAACCUGCAGAGGAGCACAUUUUCUAGUUUUUAUUUAUGAUAAGUGACCCCUCCCCCAAUAUUUUACACACACAUCAACACAUCCUGUUAGAUUAAGCACAAGUGUUUUUGUUUUUUAUUGCUUCCAGAAUGCCCUUCUUUUCCUUCUCACCUCUCCCCAUUGUCCUGCUUUCACAAGAUUUUCUCUCUUGUCAGCAGUUGGUUCUUCUUUCUCUCAGCUAAUUCAGACAUUCAGGAAUAGCUCAUGAGACUCAAAAGACAGUGCCACUUUGGGAUUCAGAUGCAGAAUUGCAUGCUGGAAUAUUCUGCCAAAUAAAAAUACUGCUUCAUACAUAAAGAUAAAAUGCUGGGAAUAAAAAGCAAGAGUCUAUUGUUUAACCUGUACAGGCCUGCUUUGCUUUGCUCUAACUUUGCUAAAGCAGACAUAUUGCAGCCUGUGGUGAUUGGCAGUUGGAAAAGCAAAGAUGAGCUCCCGUUCUGAUAAAUGUGGAACAAAAAAGGGGCAUUUACAGUUGGAAUGAUCAAUGCUGAUACUGUAGGAAGGAAAAGCUGAAGCAAAUUAGAAAGGAGGCCUGCUGCUUGUGUAAAAGGAAUUGUCAAUUGCCAUAAGUUAUUGGACAAGAGACAAUCUUUGAGAUUUUGGUGGACAACUAAGAAACUGGUAUUUGGGUUCAAAACUUGGAUUGCAAUGGUUGGUUUUGCUCCUUUGUGCUGCUUAUCCAUGUGGCCCAAAUCUAGGUUCAAAUUUGGAGGAAGAAUUUGGGUAUAUAAGUGAAUCAAUAGAUACCAGCUUUCUAUUUCUGGGCAUAGUGAAUUGAUAAAGGUAAGUUUUCUAUUUUGAAACUGAUGGACUUACUAAACAAUCAUGUAGGGCAACUGGUUGCUAUAGUUAUUUAAAAAAACAUUAGUUUUGCAAUUAAUAGACUUAAUAAAUGAUCAUAAUCAAAUAACUUGAUUAUUUAUCCUGCAUGCCUUUUAUAAAGUAUAAUUGUUUUUUAAAAAAGGAGAUAGGUCUUUUUCCCCCCUGUAUACCUGCCAAGAUGCUACAAUCACCUUUUUUAAUUGCUUCCUGAUCAUUUUCAUAUUUAUUUAAAAUGAAUGAUCAGACAUUUCCAGAAGAAAGGACAAAACUGUUUUUACAUAAAAGCAUGAACAUUCUUUCCAUCUUUGUAAUAAGUAUUAAUAAAUAAUAUGAAAACUGCACAUGAGUAGAGCUCAAGUAGUUGCAGGGCACAAGUUUUUCUAAGUUACCUGGUGCAUGAUGUUCGUAAGAUACUCUUCGACCCUGGAACAAACUAAUGUUUUCUCACUACUUCAAUUACAUUUACUUGAAAAAUAAUAUCAUCAGCAUGUUUUUAACUGUAGUUGUAAAGGAGAUCAGUCCCCCACCCCAGCCAGUUUUAAAUGUUGUGUCAUUUGUUUUAGUCCUUUAAAAUUGUAAACCACCUUGGGUGCCUUUUGGCAGAAAAGCAGCAUAUAAAUGGAAUGGAUGAAUUCUUUCACUUCUGGAGAUUUUACAGUUAGGUGUUUCUUUUCACUAUGGAAGUUUGAUGACUUUAUGUGGUUUGGAAAGAACUGACCAGGGUAAAACUUUUAAGAUUUGUAAAACAUUUCUAAUGCCAUUUAGUAAUCUUCUAACUGUCUAUGACAAUUUUUAAAAUAUCUUCUCCCUCUUACUUAGGCUGUCACUAUUUUAUCUGUGACCUUUCAGUUCCUCCCUUUAUCUGAUAAUCUCUUGCCAACAUUUCCUCCUGAAUGACUCCUUGACUUUGCAAGUUAAUUGAGAUAAAGCCAGAGGUGCAUGAUACAUAAAGAGAUCUCAAAAUGUGUUCACUGUGCUGUAAGCUUUGUCUUAAUAUAUUUCUCUAAAAUAUGAACAGAUCAAAUUUGGAAGGUUGUCAUGCUCUUCCUCACUGUUUGACUGUCAGGCUUCUGCCUUUUCCUUUGGAGGCACCAACGCCUUGCAGCAGACUGCCUGAGACAGUAGGAGGUUGUGACAAUAUCUGAGGUGUUUUGCAUUGGGACAGUCUCCCCCUGGAGCAGCUAGUAGCAGUUGCGAGAGGAAGGCAAAUGAGUAGGGAAGGAAAGUGUUUUGCAACUGAUUACUUGAGAUGGAAGUGGUGCAACCUUCUGUCCAGCUGCAAAUUAUGGAUGCAAUGGUCCCAAACAAACUCUCUCUUUGAAACUGCUUAUAUGGAAGGAUGGAACAUACAUUCAAUAUCUUGUCAUAAUGAACAUUUGACUUUUAGCUUUAUGUCUUCAAUUAAGUGAAUUGGAACCACAUUGCAUUUAAUAUUAAAACAGUGGUCAUACACACUUCUAGAAGCCAUGCAUUUUGAGAGAGACUGCUGAAGCUAUCAGUGAUAUAGCAAUAUUGUGUUAGUGUGUGGCUUUGUUGUAGUGAAUGGGAGCAAACAGCACAAUUUUAAAACUGAUGCUGUUCCAGAGUUUGCAGAAUUCCUGUACUCACCAUAUGAGAGUGCCCAGAAUUAGAGAACUGGAAUAGCAGAGAAUGCCAAAACAUAUGCAGUGUGUGCAUUAUGCCGGCUAAAAUUGCAUGCAGUUAUUUACCUUUACAAGACAAGUGAUGUAAACUUCCAUACAUUUUUGAAGGCAUAAUGGAUUUUUUUUAGUGCAGGCAGCCGCCUUUUUAGGUGCAUCCAAUUUGUGUGCGCACAUGCGCAUCACACUGAACCUGGAAGUGACCCAAAAAUAUCACAAAAAGGGGGGGAAUGGGAACAGCAUGGGGUGUUUCCAUGCUUUUUCAAUGGUGUUAUACGAGAUUUCACUUAAACACACAGUGCCUUGGAACACAACCCCUGCAUAAAUUGGGAGUUGUCUGUAGGGCAUUGAAAUGUAGCAGAAAACAUAAAAAUAAAUAAUAAAAAACCACUUCCUGUUUGAACUCAAGCUAAGAACGUAUACCAUAUAUAAUUUGGCUCAUAGGGUUGUAUUGUUUGGUGUGUGUAUGUAUAUGUAUAUGUGCAUAUAUGUCUGUGUAUAUGUGUGUGUGUGUGUGUGUGUGUGUGAGAGAGAGAGAGAGAGAGAGAGAGAGAGAGAGUGUAUAUAUAUAUAUAUAUAUAUAUGAAAUAUGUAUUUGAGAAGGAGAGUCAGACUUCUACUCUUGAAGGUACUAGGGCAUAUUUUAGUAUUUUACUGUUGCAGAAAAUUGGAAGGGAAUGUUGAAAACCAUCAACAGCAGUAAACAUUCGGAAAGUUUUUAAAAUCUUGGUUUAUAUAUGAUUUGCUGACCUCAGUAACAUACUGCACAAAGAAUAUACAGUACCUUUCAGUGAAGAAAGCUCAUAAAAUAUCCUUAUAAUUAAGAUGUAGCAAUAUAUUUGGAUAUUGUCAGUGCUGUGCUGUAGGCAGGAGUCUGGAGUGAGCCAUGAACUGGAAACUAUGGGACAAAGGAGAAGUCAAGACCAGUGACUAACCAAAGAUGUAGGAAAAUGCCAAUGCUCAGGAAGACAUUGUUGCUUGAGCAAACCUCACCUUGAAAACAAAAACUUUUAUACUUCUUCCUACUGACAAAGAUCCAGUGGUUAGCAUGAGUGGGAUGUUAGUAUGGAAGGUUUAUCACUGAGAAGGCUGCUGCCUGUAGUUGAAUGAAUCACCAUACAGGGCAGCCACAGACAGAUUGAAGCUGCAUCCUAUAAUUAUUUAGCUACUCUUGAUAAUACUAUUAAAAAAUUCAGAUUUUUAUCAUAUGUUUUCACAGGUUUGCAGCCUUACCUGGGAGUCAGCCCUGUUGGACCCAGUCUGAUGCAUAUUUGAAGGAAAUGUCUAGAAGUGGGAAAUUUUAAUAUUGUUUAUAUGCUAUCCCACCCUUCAGAAUAAUUAGCAUGACUGUUUCAUUUAUUAAAUGUUAAUUGGUGUCAUAACAACCCAUAAUUUCUGAUUCUAACCCUCAUGCUGAUCUUUGUGGAUAUGAGAAAGUAGGAAGUUUGCAGAAGCUUAAAUAAGCUUUUCUACUAUUUCACGUGUUUGUGUAGUUCCUUGAUCAUGUAUAUUUCCAAAAAUUCAUCACAUUUUAACUGAUCUAGAACUUGAAAGACUAUAUCGUGAACAUAAAUGUCAAAGCAUGUCAGACAGCCAGAUUGUACUUCUGGACCAAAUACCUGAAUGUAGUCUGUAUUUUUCAACAUUUGAAAUUACUCUUCUGAUUCCAAAUCCUGUGUUUAGUAAUGCAGUAAAACUUACAUUUCAGGGCUUGGUGAAGCACCUAUCCCCAAUACACAAUGGUGUGUUUCAGAAUGCCUUUUCCAUUUCUUUCAACACUAAAAUGGUUGGCAUUGUUGCCGUAAACCAUCUUCAUGGUCUGUUGUUUCUACAGUUUAAAAAGGAAAGCUUUCAAUUUUUAAUGAUAAAUUGAUAAGCUGGAAGUCUAUUGUAUUUUUAGUAUUGUUGCUGACAAACUCUUUUCAGACAUCUUUCCUUGCACUCUUGGGAGAUAAUGAAAAAGGAACAUGCUAAUAAAUAUCUGCACAGCCUCCUUUCUAUCAUUCAAAGCUUUCUGUGUCAUAGUGCAUGUAAUGGAUUUGGCAAACAAUUAUUACAUCAUAAUUGUUUUUGAAAGUGAUUAGUUUCUUUCUUUCUUUGUGCUUUUUAUGCUUUGCUAAAAGAGUUUUGCCCGGAGUGUGUAGAGCAAGAGUUGUUUUCAUAGUGCCUUGUACAAUGACCUGUGAUUAUAUCUCUGUCUCUACUGCAAUGAUGCAGUAACUUUGCCCUCUUUCUUUGAUGACAGUCCUUAUUGUGUGGAAUUUUGUUGCAUUAGCUGCCUUUGAUCUUGAUGUGCUUCUUGCAUAAUAUUUUAAUGCUGAAGUGGGAUGCCCUCUCUCAGCUGAUGCAAACCAGCUGCUGCUUUUGGCAUCCUACAUUAUUUUAAAACAGAUGGGAAAAACUUCUGUUCAGUUGUAGGUUUUGAAAUGCUUGGUCAAUUACUGUUUAUUUUGUGUCACUUGUAUAUUAUAACUCAGAAGUUUUCUAGUAACUUGCAGUAUAUGUACAGUAUAUACAUUUGUUUAAAUGGGCUUGUCAGGAGCUUGUUUCGUUCUCCGCAUAGGAACAACUGGGACAUAUAGAAAAUAGCAACUGAACCCAAAUUUCCCAAUUGGUCAGAAGCUUGGUUGGCUGGAAAUUUCCAGUAUUUGAGUUGCUGCAUUCUCACAGAUGCACAGUGGCUGUUAAUUAAGCAGGUCUCCAUGCUGACCUGGAGCUAGCUACCAGCCAUAGCUAGAUAACGCGGGUGCACUCAAUCCAUGAUCUCAUCCUGAUUAGCGACAGCUGAGUUGUCACCAGAAACCAUGUUCUCUGUUACCCAGAGAUCUGCAAGUACCAGACUUCAGUCAAGGCCUAAACAGAAUAAAGGCUUUUGUUGACAACACCCACUCCCAUCACCUGAUGUCAGACACAGGAAAGUUAAAAUGGUGGCUGCAAAGGAACAAAGAGGAGUGUGUUCUAAGGCAAUAGUAUAAUCCCAAUUAUUCCUUUGCCAUUGCAUCUUGAAUGUGGAACUGUGUGAACAUGGUGCCUUUUUCUGUCAACUUUUCUUUUUAUCAGAUAGUGCCUUUGACUCUGACCUUCCCACUGUUUUUGACAGGGAUUGGAUCUAUUCAACUGAUUGGGAACUUUUGAUCGCACUCCAGUUAAUCUGAUCGCCACCAAAAGCAACCAAAAGGAUUGAGUCAGAGGCAAUAUCUGGUAAAAAGAAAGGUCACUUCACAUGUUGGCUGCUUCAGUUGAAGUUUUUUCUUUUAAAAAAAUUAUUUUCUUGAUUCCACAUGACAACUCCAGGGUAACUGAAUAGACUGUAUAUGGUCAGUUUGGCAGGACUGAACAUUGAGCCAGCAGUGGGUUGGCAGGGGAACUCAGGACAGUUGUAAUGGAUUACAUUAGAAAUUUUCCAACAGUAUUGAUUUAAAUGAGAACUUUUUGUAAAAAUGGUGGCUCCUGUGGAAGAGGAAUGUCAAAGGGGGCAUACUCCAUGCUUUCCAUGGACCAUGCCAAGCAAAGGGGUCCAAACAAAGGCACUAGCUCAUGUCUAGUCAGCUUUCAGCAGUGUUUCAUUCCAGCAGUAUUACUUCACAUUAUUUGCUUCCCCUACUAGCUUGUUCCCAUCAGCAAGUCCUUUACCUCUUCUUCUCAGGACUGCUUCAGUCUUGUGGUUUCUUCAGAAUAUCUAAGCUAUUGUCUUUUUUAAUUCCAUUUUAUUGGUUUUCUAUUAGUCCAAAAUAUACAAAGUCAUUUACAAAACAUUUUGUUACCGAGUCUUAUUUUUCCUGACCAGUCUCCUUGUUAGUAAGUUCCAAGCUCUGAGGUCAUCAGUUCUUCCCAGAGCUGCCUCACAGUUCCAUGGGAGGCUCCUUCCCAAAGAGAAUGGAGUCUUUUCUAUUUCAUUACUAUUUCCCCAGGGAGCAUAGAUAAGCAUAGGUCAUUGGUAUCGCCUCUCAGUGUUAGAACUCAGAUAUACAAGUGAGGGGCUAAAUGGUGCUUUAAACCUGUGUUGCAGUCACCACAAUAGAAUGUCUAUUCUGGACUAGAUGACCCUCGGGGUCCCUUCCAGCACUGCAAUUCUGUGAUUCAAUGAUCUCAGCUACAUUGCUUGACUGUAGCUUGCUCUUACAACAAUUAACUUGUUUCCAGUAUGGCAGAGGGAGAAACAAGCACAAUGGAAAUGGUAUUAUCUAUGGACUAAGGCAAAGGUUUUUUAACUGUGGUUGCCAACUUGGCACCCAGAAAUCUCCACAUAGUCACAGUUGGACACAUGCCAGUAGCAAAAUGCACCUGGUGCCUGGCUAAUUUCUAACGCUGCUCUCAGAUCACACCUGAUGGGACUUAGGAGAACUGCCUGAAAAAGACCUCUCACAAGAAGCAAGGAUCACUUUAAGCCAGUACCUGAAGAGAUGCCUUAUUUGGGCAGCCUGAUUAUCUAACCUGUUGCCUGUAUUUCCACUGGAUUUCACCCACAUUCUUCUCUCUUUCUGAAGAUUUUUAUAUCCGCCCUGUCUCCCCUUCCUUCUUGGCAGCUGAUGGAGAGUGCCUCACCCUUCUUCCACAGGUGGAGUCUCCAGGCAAUGUCCGAAUGUGUUAUUCUCAGGAGUUAUUGCCCAGUGGGUGCCUGCUGGUGCAGAGUGGGGCAUACUGAAAGGGCCAGGUGCCACCAAAGGACUGGGAAGCCCUGACAGCACAUUCAGACAAGGGAACUGUGUUCCUUUUUAAACAUUUGUUCUAAUUAAUGUGAUUUUAAUUUAUUCCAGUGGAGGGAAUUCUGUUCUUUUAUUUUUCUUUGUUUUUGCCUCAUUCACUUCCACCUUUUGGCUGCUGUAGGCAGUGGCCAAACCACCUUCCACCAUUAAAGCAAGGGUCUCUUUUUAACCCUUACCUUCACCUGUACUGGAGUGUUUCUUCUUCUUCUAUGCAAUAUUAAAGUUCCCUUUUCAUUGGUGGUCUGUUCCUAUUCCCCUAGCAAGUUAGGGGUUUUAUAUGCAUGACUCAAGCCCUUAGUUUUUUUCUUGCCCCUUUACCCUCCCUUUUUGAGGUUGAAGUGAAUUGCUGGCCUAUUUCUACAGAAAAAAAGGAUAGCAACCGUUUUAUAGUGCACAAUUAUUGACUCCGUAUGUCUACAAUCACAAAAGAACACUCCUUUCUUUCUCAUAUCCCCUUGCUUCCAGUAUUGAGGUGUAUCUUAGAUCCUUGUUAAUUCCAUUAUGGAGAGAUUGUACCCACCAUUCAUAUUGCAAGAUCAGGUUGCCAAUAAAACUAAAGUUAUAGCCAAAUAACCAGAAGAAGAAAGCACAGCUGCCCUAUGUAACAAGAACUGGAUUUCUUUAACUCAAACCUGUUCAGUGACAAACAGAGUGAAAAGAGUUAACUGGUUACCUAGAAAGCGAUAGGUAAAAGGUAAAGGUAAAUGACCCCUGGAUUGUUGUCCAGUCAAAGGCGACUAUGGGGUGCGGCGUGUAUCUCGCUUCAGGCUGAGGGAGCCAGUGUUUUUCCACAGACAGCUUUCCAGGUCAUGUGGCCAGCAUGACUAAACCGCUUCUGGCACAACGGAACACCAAAAUGGAAGCCAGAGUGCGCUGAAACACCAUUUACCUUCCUGCCACAGCGGUACCUAUUUAUCUACUUGCACGGGUGUCCUUUCAAACUGCUAGGUUGGCAGAAGCUGGGACAGAGCAACGGGAGCUCACCCUGCCACACAUAUUUGAACUGCUGACCUUCCAAUCAGCAAGCCCAAGAGGCUCAGUGGUUUAGACCACAGCGUCACCACAUCCCAUGUCUAGAAAGUGAUACAGUAGCCCUGAGCUGACUCCAAUGGAAAAUCUGUAGAGUCGAUUAAAGAAACUAGUCAGAAGCAACCAAGGAAUAAAGCACAAUUGAUAGAAGCAAUCAUAUAAUCUUUGUUUCCACAUUAUAAAACCUGACAAACUAAAAUCAUUGGUUAACUCUAUUGGAUGGUGUUGUAGGGCUGUAAUUGUGGCAAAAGGUUUCUAAACUAAGUACUAACUGAAAUGACGAGAAGUUACAAAAUACCCUUUAUUAUUUUUUCUGUGUAUAAAGUCUUUUAUUUGUGUAUAACUUUUGAUAGAAUAAAGAUAAUUAGUUUGUUGCAUUAUAUUCUUUCUAAUGAUACAUAAUUUUAUGGCAUUAUUAUAAAAAUUACUUGUUAUAAGCCAUCAAACCUCAGAAAUACAUAUCUUCCAAAAGGUUUCCACAAUUUUGGCCAUGUCUGUAACUGGGUAGAGAAAAGCAAGCACACAAAUCAUCAUUAAAGCAUUUGUAUUGGAAUAGUUUUGAAGCAGUGUUAGAAACUCAAGAUACAUGUUAGGCAUCAAAUGGCUCCUUAAACCAAGGUUGUAGUCACCAAAACAGAAUGUCUGGUUGCCAUUUCUGGGCAAGAUGGCUCUAAUGAGGGACCGACUGUGUUCAACAGUUAAUCUUCUGGCUAGUUCAGAUGACAGACAACCUUGAGCUCAGUUAAGAACUUUGAGAACUUAAAGAAGAAAAGUCACUUGAUCCAGGGACAGUUCUCGUAUCUAUUUCUGCCUCUUUUUCUUAAUGGUGACAUGAACCGUUUGUAGCAUAAGAAUAUUCUUCAUAACUGUGAGCAGGGCAGUGGGGUGGGGUAGGUGAAGAUAAACUGCAGCAAUUAACUAUGACAUUGUUCACUGCUUCUGCUCAGGCUGACAAGAAAAAGCAUUUUGGUCCCCGAAAUUCAUUCCAAUUGUGCAGAUAAAAUAUAACAGAGAGAAUUCUACAGAAUGUGGUAUUAGUGUGUGAAAACAGUCAAGAUCCAGUGAUCCCCGGUAUGCACCUCCAGAUGGUGGAGAUGUCAAGCGCCAUCUUGGCACCCAGGCAUUCACUUGGUCGCAAGUGGCCGAUAGUUGCAAAAUGCGGCUUCUGCCUGACUAAUUUCAAACACUGUUUUGAAGAUGUUUUUAUUCAUUUACACUAGUAGUUUUGGGAGAAAGGCUGGGAUAUAAUAUACAAAAUAACAAUAAUAACUUAUGCUUGGGAACACACCUGAUUUAGCAGAACUGAAAUCUUCCUGUUUCAUUGUUUUCUUUAUCCUAGUUAUAUCACCUCAUACGUCCUAAAAUGUUAAGUUGUUUUCCGGGGGCUUGGGCUUCUCUUCGUUUUUGGAAAUCUAAUCUAUUAGGCUGGUAGAAUUGUGGCUCAGAUUCAAUUCAGGAGUUUUGGUCAUAUGGUAGAUGUAGAAUAUACUUGCUGGUUUCAAUUUUUUAAGUAAGCCCCACAACAGUUAUGUAUAAAGUGUCUCUUCUCAAUAUCUGAGAGUUCAUUUAGCCUUAGAACUUUGUAGAAUAUUUACUUAUUAUACCAAAUAUAAUUGUGGUAAUUUUUCUUUGUAAAGUUCUGGUUAAAUAUGAAUUGUUUCCUUUUUAGAUCAAACCAUCAGAGACAAAAUUGCAGAAAGGGAUAAGGAAAAGCAGAAAGAAAAGAAGAAACACAGGUUAAUGUCUGAAAUUAAGAAAGAGAAUGGAGAGAUGAAAUUAUUUCAGAAAGGUAAGCACACACAAAUGUCUAUUGUAUAGCAGCUGCCUGCUUUCCUAGAAAAUUGUACUAUAGGCAACUCCCCAUUUACAUGAGAGUUGCAUUCUGAGGGACUCUGCGUGCCAGCUUGCCCCAACGUUCUGGUGCCAAAAAUGACACACACCACCUUGAGCUCCUUGAAGAAAAGAUGGGAUAAUAAGUAAAUAUAGUUUGUGCUAUUUAACCUCACUUGGCAUAUCACUUCACUGUGCAUGUAAAUCAGUUUUUCAUCUUGGCAUGUCUCUUUAGACAUACAAAAAUGAAAAUAUUUCUUUUUUUAAUAGGUAUAAAGGAGAAACCAAAAAGCAAUGCAGAAGAUCUACAGAUUAAAAAAGUAAAGAAGAAAAAGAAAAAGAAGCAUAAAGAGUGUGAAAAAAGGAAGCGUCCAAAAAUGUACAGUAAAUCUAUUCAGACCAUCUGCUCGGGAUUAUUUUGUGACACUGAGGAUCAAGAUGCCAAAGGCAUAAUCAAAAAUCAUCUUAAGGAUUUCAAUGGAAAAAAUAUGGAUCCCAAGAAGGACUCUGAGUACAAGAUAUCAGAGAACAGUGAGUUUCCAUUUGUCUCGUUAAAGGAGCCACGGGUUCAGAAUAAACUCAAAAGGUUGGACAUGUUGGAGUUCAAACAAUUCAUUCAUAUUGAGCACCAGCCUAAUGGAGGUGCUUCAGUUAUCCAUGCCUACAGUAAUGAACUCUCCCACUUGUCUCCUGUGGAGAUGGAGAGAUUUGCAGAAGAAUUUGUGGGUCUGGUUUUUAGUGAAAAUGAAAACUGUGCAGCUUACUAUGUAAUGGGAAUUGUUCAUGGGGCAGCUACUUACUUACCUGACUUUUUAGACUACUUUUCAUUUAAUUUUCCCAAUUCGCCAGUGAAAAUGGAGAUUUUGGGAAAGAAAGAUAUAGAGACAACGACUAUGUCAAAUUUUCAUGCUCAGGUAAGAGGUUUUUUCACUUUCUAAAAAUUAUUUCAUACUGUGAUUAAUUUCUUUUGUAUAAAUGAAAUAUGUUAGCAGGAGAAGAUUGAGUUGACUAAGGAAAAUACAGUCAGAUUGCCCCCCCCCCCCCGGUAUGCAAUGCAGGAACAGAAGGUAUUCUCCAUUAUGUAUGUUUGUACAAUAAUAAUUCCCAAAUUCUGUAGUUGGACAGGCUAAUAUGUUUGAUAAAUUGAAUAAUUAAAGACUUGUGUGAGUACUGUAUGAGGUACCUACUCACAGAAAAGCUUGCCUGCGGCAUCGCUGCAUGAUUUGUUGAUUGUGGUGUAGUUCCUUCCAAUCAGCCUGUGGGUGGGGUAAGGGAUAGUUCUUCUGUUUCAGUGGCAUUGAGUGUGAUGGAAUAAUUUAAUGAGAGCAGAAUGACCCAAUCUCAGAAGAAACAUGACUAAUGGAGAAACACAGCAGAUAUACUUCUGGGUGUGGGUAGCUCUUACUCCUGCACCUUCUAAAACUUAUUGGACAUCCAUUUUUAUUUUUUAAAAACUGAUUUUUCUAUAAGAUCUUAGGAAUAUUUUCUGAACUUUUCCUUAGCAUGCAAUUGAGUAGUAUGACCUGGACUUGGUAAAAUGAUGCAUUUUCAGUUGUAUGUGCUAUGGCUGCAGUCCUAUGAAAGAUUCCUUAGGAAUUGGUCCCUUUGGAUCCAGAGGGGCUGGCAGUUCAAUCUAAUGCAUAUUUAAAGCAAGUCAAUUUGUUUUGCAUUAUUUAUAUCCUGCUCCACCCCUGAAAAUGCCAUAAUACCCCAACAUUAAUAUGAAUUGGUGUCAUAACAACUCCAUAGCUUCCGACUCUUAUUUUUCAGCAUUGAGCUUUUGAACUUCAGAAAAUGAAAUGCUUCUCAACUCCUUCAGCUGUUAGUGUUCUGUGCAUUUCCAGGCAUCAGCUGUGAGAAGACAAAGACCUGGUUAGCAUGCAUUGGUUUAAUGUGAACCAGUGGUGUAGCAAGUUCAGGUGGUAUCCGGUGCGGAAAAUUUCUUGUCAACCCCCCCCCCCCAAUUACUAAAAGAAGGAAAAAAUAAGAUACUUAGUCAGUGUCAUAGCUAAGGCCACCGUGUUUGGGGCCCUUUUGCUGUUCCUCAUGCAGGAGUCCUGUCAAUUUGCCAUGGUCCUCCUCUCCCCUCCGAUUGUCCUUCUCUUCUCCCCCCUCCACUUCCCAAGGGGGUGGGAAGGAACUCAGUUCCUGUCACCUCAGACUCCACCUCUUCUUUGCUUUACUUAAUGUCUCAUCAUGUUCUUUGUUUCUCUUGCUUCAACCACAGACAGAGCUCAAGCGCCUAUUCCUGCCUAGCAAAAGCACCCAAGAAUAGUGCAAAUCAGGAGCAAUAAGGGAGGAUGUAAUCUCUCAUACCUGCACGCUGCUUCUGUGAACAGCCAUAAGUAUAGUGCUCAAGUACAGUGGAUUUAGGUGGUGUCAUAGGUGCCCCCCGCGUGCCUGCAGCAAGCCCCGUUGGCCCUUUUCACAGCUCGCUGCAGGCGUGGGAAAGCCCAAUGGGGCUCGCCACAGGUGUGGAAAGGCCUGGCAAGGCAAUUAAGCAGUUAUAAAUAAAUGAGCCCCCCCCCCCCUCCCUGAGAAUAAUGCACUCAGAUAAACUGGUUUGUGCAGAUAUUUUUGGGUAAGAUACUUUGGUCAUAAUAACAGGCUGCAUCCAACUAAAUCCUACUUAGGGCAGACCCUUUGAAAUUAAUGUUUGGAUUUUUAAUAAAUUACAGUGAGUCUUCUCUGAGUAGGACUAGCAUCUGGGGGGGGGAGGGAGAUAUGUAAAUUUACAUAGAAGAAGGAGGGAGGGCUGAGCAAAUGUAAAAAGGAUGGGACAGCUGCAUACUCCUGCAUUGCAGAGGGUUGGACUAGAUGAUCCUCAACAGGGUCCCUUCCAACUCUACAAUACUAUAAUUCUAGGGGAAAGGAGCCAAAAGGGCAAAAUCACUUCCCAAAGGUGUCUUUCCACGUAAGAAAGGAUUUAAAGUGAGGCACUGGGAGAUGUGGAAAGGUGGGAGGGGACACACACACACACACGGAGGGAAGAGUCACCCUGUUAAUUUGUUCGCAGCUUCAAAAAUACAGCCCAUUACUCAAGAAAAGAAACCCAUGAAUACCUGAGUGUAGGUGCUUAAGAGAUACAGAGUGCCUGUCAGCAAAGAGAGAAGUGGCUCCACACAGCUCCCAAGUGCUGGUGGGACAACUCGCUUUUCCCUCUCACCUGCCUCUGCCUCCCGGCGGUGGCUUUAAGGGUGAUGCCUGAGCCUGGGUGGGUUCAGGGGGUAGCGGCACAGGCUCCCCACACCGAUGGAGAGGGAAGGGGAAAGCCCUGUGGCCAGCAGCAGAGCAAGCUGAUCGGACAUGGGGCAGGGUGAGCUGGGCCUCCGAGGAGUUAGCCUGCCUCCACCCACUCAGCCGAGGAGGAGACAGCGGGCGGAUCUUUUGGGGCAGGAUGGAUCCUGCGGGCGCCCAAGCCACCACAUCACUCCUAGGAGAGAUGCGUGGCUCGGGCACGUUGCAGGCCGCGCGGUGAGUGCCACCCAACACUUUGUCACCCCCCUCAGUGGGGACACCCAGGGCGGACGGCCCCCACCGUUCCCCCCAUCCUCCACCCCUACUGUGAACAAGCAGUGUGCUACUAUGUGUUGCUAAAAUGCUCCUGGCCUGUUUCUUCCUUUGCUGAGCCAGGAAGAAAGCAACCACAGUGCUGGCUUACUUUUACACGAGAACCAAUGCUCAUGGAUUGUGUUUCUUCAGUCUUUGGGUAUUGCGUUAUUGCUAAUGGUUUGUUUGGGAGAAACGAGCUAGAAGUACUAGGUUUAGGAUAAUACUAAUCAGUGAUGUGGCUUGUUUCCUCCCAGUUCCUCAGCUUGCAUGCCCUGGUACACCACCCAUUCACAGUAUGCCAUGGAUUUUUCUGACCAUAGCUUAAAAUAAUGGACAAAUGGGGUCACUGAAAAGAGAGGACUUGUUUGUGCUGUAUAUUCAGGGAAGUUUUUGGCUGAAGAUUGCAUUCUCUUUGAAUUGCUUAAGUACAGUUUCUCUUGAAAAUACUGUAAAUCAGAUGAUGGAUUAAUGUUGCAGCCAGUAGCGGUGUAAUGUAAUAAAACACAUAAUAAAACAGAACACAGAUCAAAACUGACACAUCAGUUUUAUGAUAUUGUCAUAUGCAAAUGAUCUGUUAAUUUGUCUUGAACAGACUAUUUGUAAUUAUACCUUUCCUGAUAGGCAGAAUAGGCCAUAGCUGAAUUCUUUUUAAUGUAUUAUGAAGUAAGUAUUCCCUUAUUGAUAAGGAUGUCCUUUAUAUGUUUGUCAGUCUCACAGUUGCUCUUGAAUCAAAUUUGGGACCAAACCAGGUUCCUAUAGUGUAUAUACAUACCACCUUCAGGUUUGGCCUGGAUCUGAUAGAAAUGUUAUCAACUAAAAACAUUCCUUAGAAGAGUAUGAAUGUAUACUAGCCUCUUCUCAAUUCUUAUGUAAAUGUUAUGGUUGAUUUGGUUUAAUCAUAAUUCAUUAUAGUCUUUAAAUUGCUUCACUGUGUUUGUCGGUUGUCCUUGAUCUGUUGAUUUACAGGCUGCCGUAUUGUUUUAAUUGUAGCUUUUAUUGAUUUUAUUUUGGGCUUUGCAAUGGUUCUAUGUGUUCAGGAAUUUAUUAAGCUGCCUUGAGCGCUAUUUGGCAGAAAUGCAAAACUGAACAGCAUAGCCUCUCAACAUGAAGGUAAAAAAAUGUUGCAAUUUGUGACAUCUUCAUUCCUAUUACUUUAUGGAUAUUAUAUUUUCCUUCAUAGUUGGUGAAAGGAUCAAGGAGAUUCUUAUUGGGUAAAUAUUAUAAGAGCGAACCACUGUUCAGCAGUCAUUUAAAAAGCAAGUCAGUUUAUUCCUGGUUGAAGGUAAACAGUAGAUUCAUGACUCAUAUAAUGAUUAAAAAUAGAACAGUUAAGUCAUAGCCAUGUCUGGCUAUUCUGUUCUCUUUAGAUAGCUGGACAAAACGCCUGCAUUCAGCAACAUUAAAAGCAAAACUGUUGACUCUUGAUAUACUAAAAUUCCAGAGACAAGGAUAGGGCUUGUCUUCCCUUAUAUUAUGAUACUUUUAAGAGUAAGAUUUGGCCACAAAAUGUCAUUGUACCCAAGUUCUGAGAGCAUAGUUUUGGUGCCACUGGAAGCACUUUGGAAUAAAUCAGUGACAUGAAUCAUAGGGCUUCCAGGUGUAGCUCUACUGUGUUCUUCACUAUAGAAACAGGAAUUUUACUCUUGGAAACAAAAGUAUAUGUUCUGCUACUUAAAAUAUCUGCAUUGAAGAAUGGGAAACAUCCAAAUUAUGUGUGCUUGACCAGUUAGCAAGUUGUUCAUACAUGGUUGAUUCGGUUAGAACCAGGCUGGCCAUCCUGUGAAUGUGGAAGGGCUCUUUCUCUUCAUAGAAAGGACCAGAAAUUUCUUGCUAGAGGAAUAAUAAUAAUAAUAAUAAUAAUAAUAAUAAUAAUAAGUAUUAUAAUUAUUUAUUUAUACCCCGCCCAUCUGGCUGCGCUUCCGCAGCCACUCUGGGCGGCUUCCAACAAAAUAUUAAAAUACAGCAAUCCAUCAAACAUUAAAAGCUUCCCUAAACAGGGCUGCCUUCAGAUGUCUUCUAAAAGUCUGGUAGUUCUUCUUCUCUUUGACAUCUGGUGGGAGGGCAUUCCACAGGACGGGUGCCACUACUGAGAAGGCCCUCUGCCUGGUUCCCUGUAACUUGGCUUCUCACAGCGAGGGAACCGCCAGAAGGCGCUCAGCACUGGACCUCAGUGUCCAAGUAGAAUGAUGGGGGUGGAGACGCUCCUUCAGAUAUACUGGACCGAGGCCGUUUAGGGCUUUAAAGGUCAGCACCAACACUUUGAAUUGUGCUCAGAAAUGUACUGGGAGCCAAUGUAGGUCUUUCAAGACCGGUGUUAUGUGGUCUUGGCGGCCGCUCUCAGUCACCAGUCUAGCUGCCGUAUUCUGGAUUAGUUGUAGUUUCCAGGUCACCUUCAAAGGUAGCCCCACAUAGAGCGCUUUGCAGUAGUCCAAGCGAGAGAUAACCAGAGCAUGCACCACUCUGGCAAGAUAGUCUGCGGGCAGGUGGGGUCUUAGCCUACGUACCAGGUGGAGCUGGUAAACAGCUGCCCUGGACACAGAAUUGACCUGUGGCUUUUGUCAAUUUACCCUUCCUUUACAGUGCCCUGCACCACCUCUGGUGCUCCUCCAGAGUCCCCCAACUCUUCAAAGCAGAUUUUCCUUGGGCUGAAAAGAGAAGAAGGUGCUGUAAAAAUAGACUUAUCCCUUCUGUCUGGCACUAAUGAAAUGUCACAGAACAUGUGAGGAAUCUGGGGAUCCAACCCUUUCUGUUUGCACACACAAAAAUCCUUAAGUUUUCUUUUUCUAAAACCUUUUUGCAUGGUAGAAACUUGACAGACAAAUAUUUUAUUGUUUAAUUUGAAUUUCUUGGUACCAGAAAAUGGGCAGCAUUCUUCUAUGAUUCAAAUGCUUCAUGUGCUUCACUAUGUAUAGCUGUGUUUUCUUGUUUUUUGAGUUCUCUUUGCAGUUUUCCCUUUUGAACUGUACUAUAAUUGGAUGCAGAUAAAUUUCCAUUUUGGAAGCAUGCUGAUAGGCCUAAAACAAGUAACAACAGCAACUUGGAUAGUCUGCUUAAUUAAAAAGUUUACAUCUAUUCCAUGGUUUUACACUCCUAUGCUUGGUGUUCACUUCUUCCCUCUUUUACCAGAAAAGCCAUACCUAUGUGUUUCAGCUUGUGAUAAACUAGAGUAAGAUGACAAUUUUUUUCUCUUGCCUAGGGUAGCUGUUUAUACAAUUUUGUAAUAUUUAUAGGAUGCUGAGAUACAACAGAAAAGCAUAGUUUAGCACUGGAGCCUUAAGUUUGCACACUCACUCCUCUUUUGUAUGCUGCAAUUAGUAAUUCUCAAUCCUAGUUUUUGUUGUUGUUGUUGUUUAGUCGUUUAGUCGUGUCCAACUCUUUGUGACCCCAUGGACCAGAGCACACCAGGCACUCCUGUCUUCCACUGCCUCCUGCAGUUUGGUCAAACUCAUGCUGGUAGCUUCAAGAACACUAUCCAACCAUCUCGUCCUCUGUCGUCCCCUUCUCCUUGUGCCCUCCAUCUUUCCCAACAUCAGGGUCUUUUCCAGGGAGUCUUUCUCUUCUCAUGAGGUGGCCAAGGUAUUGGAACCUCAGCUUCACGAUCUGUCCUUCCAGUGAGCACUCAGGGCUGAUUUCCUUCAGAAUGGAUAGGUUUGAUCUAAUUUACUGUUUCAUAUGAAAAAGGCAAACUAUGGUAAGCUUGCAUAAAACCAAGAUCAAAUCAACUAGGUAUAGCAAGCUACUCUCCUGGAAGGAAUAGAUUACUAUUAUUCACAUGAGUGUGAAGGGUUAAUGACAGUGCUAUAUUAAGGAAAGUAACUGUAAGUCCAGGAUCAUGUUUACAUUUUGUUAAUCUUAUGUAACUGUAGUUGCCAAGGGAACAGGUUCCCCUCCUAUUUGAGUGCUUUUCUAGUAACCUUGUCACAAAGAACAAAUUGUGUUGCAAGUGUACCUGCUCUUUGUUGCCUCCUUCCCCAAACUGGUGCUCUUCAGGUUUUUUGGAAUACAACUCAAUUAUUUCUCACCACUGGUCAUACUCACUGGGCACAUGAGAGGAAGCCUUCUCUUUUGAAAUGGACAGGGGAGUGGCUCCAGCCUUUCUUCCGAUAGCAUCCUGAGGUACACCACCUAACUUGGUUUGCUACGUAAUGGGAUUUAAGCCUUACUAUAAACCUAAUUUAUUGUCCAUUUAACCCUAAUGAGGAAAGACCAUAUACACAAAAUGCUACUCUCAUUGUAGAAAAGCUAAUCACCCACAGCCACCCUCCCCCCCCCCGCUAAUCAAACUUAGGACAACUGACUGUUUCUUGUAUCCGGGAAGCAUUAUCCAGAAUCAUGCCCCUUUCUUUUGCAAAGUCUUCAGUGCUCAAGUGUAUAACUAGCCAAGCCAACCAGAGAGCACAUGCCCAUGCUCUGUCCCCAUUCCUGAGUUGUGCUCCUUCUCUCCUCCAGACUCUUAUUCUCAUGAGUCUUCUUUUUUCUGAGCUCUUGACUGCUGUCCCUCUGCUUCCUGGGAUCACCACCUCUUCUCUAAUGUUCAGAGCCUAAGUGGAAGGCAAGGUAGUAAUCCGCCUGCUCCUCCUAUUUCCCUGCCUUUUUCUCAGUCUUACUGCAGUUAUACCCAUUCUUUUCCACCCCUUUAUGUGCAAGCUGUAUUUUUUACCCAUUCCACCAGCUCACCCUCCAAACAUUCUCCUGCCUCUAUCUUCCUUUCUAGCAAAUCCAGUUAAUUGCCUCGUUAGCACUCUUUCAGUAAAGAAAGCCUUUUUCGGUAAAGUCUUUAACUUGUCUCUUGCUCCCUGAGCACCUUACAAAGGCAAUCCACUGCGCCGACUAAACAAUACGAACAUUACCAGCACUUAGCUCGUUGGUAUUUUGAUUGUUAUAUUAGCUGGAGCAGAAUGCACCAGACUGACAUCAGGCUGUUCUUUGGUAGAAUAGGGCCAUAGUCCCAUUGGACAGAGUUGUCUGCUGCACACCACAUGUGUUAAAUUUCCCUAAAUGUUCUGGAAGGGCUUAUUCCAUGGACACAGCAAAGUACUAUGAAGACGUGUACUGAGUAAGUAAGCCGGGCAAUGCUGUCAUAAUAGGAUGUUGAGACAUACAAUGAUCUCAUAAGCAGAGUUGUACUUCUUACAUGAGCGUCUUAGGGUGUGAAUCCCCCCCCUUCAUUAUUCAGAAUACUUUCUUGCACUAAAAUCACAUGGCAGCAGAACUGAUUUGGCAGGUGCUCUGGUAUCAGCCAUUUCCUUCCAACGUGCCCCAGAUAUUGAAUCAUUCCAGGGCAUUCUGGGGAAAACAUGACAACCCCUACUGUUAACUUCCACUCCGCUCCCAAUAUCCAAGGAAUUUUGGAAAAAUAAAAUGGUAGGUGCUAAGUCAUCACUAAAAUCGGGCCUGCUGCUUCCUCCAGAGAAAGAUAAGCCCCGCUCCCAAAUGAAAUUAAUUGGAUAAUGAAUCUGAAUUCAUUUCACUUCUUAGUGAUGUUUACUUUAUAACAAGUAUGUUGAAUGAAAUGGAUCCCAUUUGGUUCUAUUUUUCAUUAAUUACAAAAUAAAUUAACAUUCCUUCUUCUAUUAAUACAGUACUUAUAUAAAGUAUAUGCUUUUUCUCUUGUUUUUUAUUUUUAAAAUAUUGCAAUCCCUAACCUGAGUUUACUAAAUUGAACUCCCAAUAUAGCCCAAUAUAAAUUACACUCAUAUAAAAACAAUUUGCAAAUUUAUUUAAUCAGAGUGGUAAGAUGAGCUUUUUGUAAUAGAAGUAAAAUCUAGAUAUACACUGAGGUUGCUAUGAUCCAAAGGUAGUAAUACACUAAGGUAUAGUAACUAUGGCUUUAUUUGGAGAUUCUCUAACAUCACCUCCUAAGAUAUAUGGUCAACAGUCACUAGAGUCUGCUUUAACCUGAACACAUUUUGGAAGCAGUGCAAGCACUUUCUGUUUGAAUUAACAUUUAGUGGCAGGGGUUAAGAGAAGUUCAUUUUACCAGCAGAACAGAAAAUAGUAUUCUCUAGUUGUCUAGUAAGAACACAUAGAACUCGCUCUGCAAUUCUAGGGCUCUGAUAUGUAAUAUGAAGAAGACAUGAAAAUAAUAGUCCGUUACCUUUCAGCAGGUUGAAGCUAAUUUUAACAGUACCAAACAACAACAACCUCCAAACCCCCAUCUGUACAAAACCUUUAUUGUAUUUUAAGUCAAAGGGGGCAAUUACAACUAUAAACUGCAGGAUGACGUUCUUUAAAUCAGAAUAGUUUGCAUUUUUAAGUCUUAUGGUUACUUAAUUAGAAAGGCAGCCAUCAAAUUUUAUUUUUAAGUUCAUUAUAUGCUUUGUACGUUAAUUUCUUGACUCUUGUCGAAGCACAGUAACUUUUAAUACACAUUCACAAAAUUUAACAUGCUUCUUAAGAAUCCUCAUUUUUGAAGCCCAGUUGAUCUCUCAAAAGCCAAAAUGAGGGCUUACAGUUGAUACAAUUAAUGAAAAAUCUGUGCAUGUUUUUCAUAUAGUGCAACCAAAACAGAUAUGAUAGAAGCCACAAAUGAAGUUCCUGCGUGUUAGCAGUGCAUACAUGCUCCAUUAUCUAUAAACACAUUUGCCAUGCACACCAGUCAAGUUGUGAUUGCCCGGUCAGAUGUGCUGCUGACUUAACUCUCCAUACAUGAAUGGCGAUGAGGCGCAUGGUGCCUUAGGUGUAUUCAUUCAUUCCAUUUAUAACCUUUGUCUUAGCUUCUGUCAUAUCUGUAUUGAAGGGUUUUUUUGUUCUCAUGUAGCAUACUUUUAAAGUGUUUAUUUGAUGUCACUGUGGAUGCAUACAAAACAUCAUUUGCUGGGGUGAGAAAUUGAUCGGAACCAUGGGCUCAAGGGAGAGCCUAGUGGUUGGAUGCAAGUGGUUGGAUGUCAAGAAUCCCAGAACAGCAAGUUCUAUCGCUUUUAAAAAGUAACAUGAAAACAGCAUGCAGAGCCCUUCUGUCCUUAAUGAUGCGGGGCGAACACUUGCAGCAGCAAGCAAGCAGUCAUCAAGAUUUGUCCGCAAAUGUUAAGCCUUAUUUUUAACAAAAAGCUGCUGCAUAUGUCAGCUUGGCCAGAACCUCUCCUCAACCCACGUGACCCCUGAAGGCAUAGGUGGCAACUGUCCAAGGCUUACAUAUCACUUCCUUCUCAGAGCCCAGAGCCCAGAGCCCAGCAUCUCAGGCCUCACUGAUAAGCAUAGUAACAAAGCAAGCCAAUUGGCACAUAUCAAAGCAUGUAUGAGCUCAUUCCCACAGCAACUAUCAAUUAAUUUUGAGGUUAUCUUGACUACCAAGAUGAUUGACACAGGCCCAGUUGCGACCAUGCGGAGAUUUCUGGGCUGACAUCUCCACCUGGCUGGCCUUUUAUCUUUCUUAAGCAGGUAAGCAGAAGAGCUUAUUUAUUGUGUUUAUAUCCCAACCUCUUUUCCAAGGAGUACAUGUUUCACCGCCUCCUCAAUUAAACUCUACAACACCCUGUGAGGUAGGCUGUGACUGGCCCAAGGUCACCAAGUGAGCUUCCUGACUUGAGUGGUUAUUUGAACCCUGAUCUCACACUGAUCUGACACUCUUAACCACUACACCACACUGACUUCCUAGAGUACUUCUGCUAUGGUGCUGCUAUAUAAAUUAAGUAGGUAAAUAAAUAUGGGGAAAGCAAAAUGUACCAUAAUUUAAAGAAGGAUCUGCACUAAUUUCCUUAAAGCUUGAAUUUGUUUUAUUUUAGAUUGUUUUAUUUGAUGUUUUAAUGUGUUGUAAACCACCUUGAUUUUUUUUUUUUAAUAAAGCAGUAUAGAAAUGGAAUGAAAAUAAUAAUAAAUAUAAUAAGUAUAAUAAGUUCCAUGGGGCGGACAGGGCAGAAAGGUACUUAGACAGUCUGUUCUGGCAACCGCAACCUAGGUUUAAGGUGCCAUUUGGCAAUCAGCUUAUAUAUCUGAGUUUCUAACACUGCAAGAUGGCGUUUGCAGGCCUUCCACAGAGAAAGAAACCUAGUUUGUUAUCUAUGUCUUCAUUUUUAUGCUAUCCAUUCCUUUGACAAAAUAUUAAAACAUCUUGUUACAAAACAAGAGCCUGAGUGCUUAUCUUUCAAUACUGCAUGUUUAAUUUAAAUCUGACUACAGUAUGUUGCGGUAACUAAUUGUAUGUGGACAGAAAGUCCUAGGAAACUUAAAAUUUUUUAAUGGCAAGCUAAAUCAUCUAUGUCUAAACUCUUAACAGUGUCAGCUGAUGGAUUAUUAAACAAAAACUGGCUGUUGGAGUUUCUGUGGAGGAAACAUGUUUACUUGACAGUCGUGUUUGAGAGUACAUUUGAGAGUAGCAUUUUGUUGCGUUGCUGACAUUUAGACAGGCUGAUUGCUGGUCAAGAAGUCACUGCAAUUGUGUCAGUGGAUAACAGAUGGUUGUAGGGAGGGUGUAUGUCCAAGAGAGUGGGAAAUGAGGUAAUGAAAGGGGGGGGAUAGAUAUAUUAACGCACAUUUAAAAUUGUCAUAGGCAUAAAGCUAUAAAAAUUAGGCAUCUAGAAAUUAGAUGUGGACUCAUUUUAAAAAAACAGAAAGCAGACACUGCUGCAUAGAAGCUUAGAAUACAUUACCAUUUAAUGAAAAGUGCUGCCUUCUCCGUUAUUUUUGUAUAGGAAGGCAAAUGUAUAAGAUCCUAGGGUUUGCAUUAGACAGCACAGGAGAAGUGAAUGUACUGGCUGGUAAAUAAUCUGCUAUGCAUAUUAAUGUUGGUUCAGUAAACAUCAUUUUCUUAAUCCCUUGCUCCAGCCUUUUAUUAAAUUUAUUGAUAUUCUACGCAGCAGAAUAUAUUAGUUAGUUAUUCAAACAAGGCAAUGUAUUUUAUAGUAUAAAUAGUAAUUUUCUUGCUUUUAUUGUAAAUAAUUGUGCAACAUGAAAUGCAUAUUCUCUUCCUAUGCUUCUAUUAUGUUUGUUCCUGAAGAGACAAAGGAAAGUCAGAUAUUUUUCAUUAUCUCUUUCAGUUGUGUUGCAACAGUUUUAUACUAAAAUAUUAAAAUAUAAAUUAACCCUUUUUAUUAAAACUAAGUCAUUAAAAUACAUAUAAACAAUUUAUUUAUUUUUUAAAUGCAGCCACCUUUUCUUAUCUGCUACCUUUUGUUUUACUUGCAUUGUUUAAUUUUUUUUUACCAUUUGUGGGUUUUUUGCAUUUCAUGUUGAGUAUGAUCUUUUAUUUAUGUUGAAAUGCUAAACUAGCAUUGCACUCUCCACCUUUUAGCCUGGUCAUAACUUCAGAUCUCCUCUUGCUGUACUAUUAAAAAUGUUUAAUUUGUACUUCUGUGCUUUAGAAAAUAUUUUGUAUAUUUGUGUAAAUGUAAAUUGUUUUGUAAUUUAUUCUGUGUAUAAAACUGACCCUUGUUUACUGUAUAUGACUUUCUUUUAGGUAAAAAGAACAUAUUCCCAUGGUACAUACAGAGCUGGCCCAAUGAGACAAAUCAGCCUUGUUGGAGCAGUGGAUGAGGAAGUGGGGGACUAUUUUCCAGAGUUCCUAGAUAUGCUGGAAGAUUCACCUUUCUUAAAAGUAAGAAAGAAAGGGAAUCGGGGAAGUAACUUUGCAUAGUUUUGUUAAAUCUUAAAACUUUGUUUAUUAUGAUAAACAAAAUGACACUUCUAAUAUGGUGAAGAGAUUAGAUCCAAAAUUUGCAAGUCUUUAAUACAGGGAUUCUUGCAUGCAAAAUUAAAAUUAAAUAUAAUGCAAUGCAAGAAAAUAAAUAGUGUGCAACAUUUUGUGUUUAUGUGCAUUUUUCUGCAAAUGAUUAGGUAUAAGGCAACAAUUAAAGGUAUUGAUUUUUCAAUUUGUAUUCUACAUUCAUAUUUGAAGGCCAGUUCAAGUUCUUCAUAACUGAGGCUAUUAAUUUCUUAUGAAACCUGCAGUCCUGAUGAAAUUUUCAAGGAGCACUGAAAGCACUCAGAUUCUUAGGUUGAAGAAUACAGUGUGAUACAAUGCAAUUUAUAUAUAGAUAUAAUAUUGUCUUUGAGGUAGACAUUAUUUUGAAUUGAAAAUACAGUAAAUGCAGAAGAAAAAUUGUGGUCCUCUACAUUGAUGAAAUUGCCCCUGUUUUGCAGUAGAAUAAGAUAUGCAGUGUUUUCAUGUUGUGAGUUAAUAAAAAUGUUUCAAUUGGUGGUGUUUUAAAUAACCUUUAAAUAACUGUUUCUUCUUAGUGUACUUUGCCAUGGGGGACACUUUCUAGUUUGAAACUAGAGAGUCGUAAAGAUAGUGAUGAUGGUCCUAUUAUGUGGGUACGUCCAGGAGAACAAAUGAUCCCUGUGGCAGACAUGCCAAAGUCACCUUUCAAAAGGAAAAGGUAUGCUGAAAUAUCUGGCUUUAUUUGAUUCCAUACUAUAGAGUUUAAAACUUCCUGAGCAGCUUACAGCAGUUAAAACAGUAAUAAGGUAUUUAAAAAGAAUUUUAAAAAUUGAAGCUAAAAAAUCUCAGAAUCCCCAAAGCUCUAAAAAUCCUGAGUAAAUAAAGAUACCUUCAUCUGGUACAAAAAGACAUCAAGUUCAAAGCCCCUCUGGCAAGAUUAUAAUAGUUGGAGUGUGCCAAAGCAAAAAAUACCUUGGUGGAAUCUACACACAUAUAAAAAACAUUCUGAAAAUGCUUUAAAAAAAAAAAUACAUUGAAUUUUCCAUAAGGCUCGCCAUUGCCAUCUAGUGUCACAUUGCAUAUUGCACUUAAAACACACUUUAUCUGCGGUUGUAAAGCUGAGUCCCUUGUCUCCAAAGUUGUAAGUUAUUUUUGAGGAGGCUGGUUUAAGCCCAUGUUUUUUCUUCUUUUUGAAUAACUUUUUAUUGGGUUUUAAAAAUCAAGGAUCAUAGGAAUAAUAAAUUAUACAAAUAGACCAAGUCUUUUCAUAUCAUUCAUACAUCACAAAAAUAGCACAAUAAGUUUGCAGUAAUAUCUAUGACAUACAAUUUAUUAUUAGUGGUCAGUAUAUAAGCUCUUGGUUCAUUGAUUGGUUAAACAAAAACAAAGGGGAUAAAAAAACAGGAUAAAAAUACAGGAUAGAACAGAGUUAACAGAUAACAUUCAACAUUACAUAGCUAAUCGCCUAAUCAGGAGCCCUUGUGGUUGUGCUUAGAUUAAGUAUGAGUAAUAGUCAUUUUUUCCUCUUAAGUUACCAAUGAAACAAUAUAGAGUUCUUGUAUAUUGAUGAAUGGGGGGUUUCAAAGUGAAUAUAAUAAUUUAUGUUUACAUUUAAAUUUAGAUAAACCAGAUUGAGCCAAAUGCUGAUGGUGGGGGGAUUAUUCAUUUUCUGGAAUAUGUUAUGAAAUUAAACUAUACUGGGGUAAAGCCAUCUUUCUUGAUCUGUCCAUGUGUCAACUGUAGUUUAUUUGUAGUUUAUUUCUUAAGAAGGGCUGCUUCCCAAACUGUUUUGUACCAAUUGUCUAUUGUUGUGCUGGAAAGGUCUUUUCAGUUUCUGGUUAUGUUGUGUCUUGCCGUAAAUAGCUUGUUAAUUCUUUAAGUUCUGGCCUUUUUGACUAAACAUGUUAUAUUUUCUUAAUAGACACUAAUACUGUGUGCUUGUAAUACUUGGCUCUGGUACUAGAAUUACUGACUGAAUUGGAUUGAGCUGGCUCCAAUUCAGCCAGUAUUAAUCUCUGAAGUGAUGUACUUAGGCCCUUGUGAGAUCAAAAAAGAGCACUUUGUUCAUAGAGGGAGAAUGUAAAUGAUCACAGAGAGCUGGGGUGGCAGCUAGUUCAUCAUCAAUGAUUGUUAUGAUUUAUUUAUUUUUAUAUCAAACAGUUUUAAGUCACUUAAUAGUUUUAACGUAGGGUACAACAUAAACAGAAAAUUAUAAAACCAGGAAUUCAUACAGUCAAAAACAUUCCCUGAACUUACGGGUCAGGGAAAGACCAGGCAAAAAGUUAGGUCUUUACAAGACACACGAUGUAAUUGACCUAUUUUUCAGCCAUGGAAAGCACUCAUCUUUAGUGCCCCUGCUUUGCUGAGUUUCAGGCUUAGCUUGUUAUCCCUCAUCCGGUCGACCGCUGCAUCCAGGCACUGUCCCAGGUCCUGCGUGGCAUCUCCUGAUUCAAUUGUUAUUGAGAACUAGAACUGAGUGUUAUCCUACUCGUGACACCUGGCCCUAAUUUCCUUAUGACUGCUCCCCGUAGUUUCAUGUUGCCUAGAGCAUAAUUGCUAGGGGACUGAAAAGCACUCUUCUAUUAUUACUGUCUGAACUUGGCCACAUAGGUAGCGCAGUGCCCCCAAUUCCCAUCCCAUAGAGCCAGUCCCAACAACAACAACAGAGCCAGUCCAGGAGGGUGCAAUGGUCGAUGGUAUAAAAAACCCUAGAGAACUAGACGUGGGAACAAGAUUACACUCCCCUUGUCCUGCUCUUGUUAAGCGCAAUCCGUCAGGGUGGUCAUGAGCGGCUCAGUCCCAUAGAACAGCAGUCUUUCCAUUUCUAAUUUGUGUGUAGAAUGCAAUUAUAAUAUCAAAUGAACAUUGCACUGUGUACAAGAAAUGUACAAAAAGAUCUAGAAAUGUGGGUAUGUAUUAGCUUGUUUGUGUUUGUUUUCAAUCACUGCGCAAAAAUUCUAAACCAGCGCCUUUUAUAUUGGAGGGCAAUCCUUUUUUACUUGUGUAAUAACUUGCUAACAAUUUUAUAUGAAGGGGGGAAAAUUGGACAAUUAUUCUUAAUUUUUCUUUCCCCCAUCCUUUUAACAGAACAACCAAUGAAAUAAAAAACCUGCAGUACCUACCUCGUAUUAGUGAACCUCGUGAAAUGCUUUUUGAAGACAGGACACGAGCUCAUGCAGAUCACAUAGGACAAGGGUUUGAACGACAGACUACAGCUGCUGUGGGAGUAUUAAAGGCAGUGCAUUGUGGAGAGUGGUAUGUAUUUGCCAGGUUUUUUUCAGGAUAAACAUCUGAAAAAUACCUGCAUGAAUUGGACAGUGCUGAGAUAGAUCCCAACUAAUAGUCCUGUCAUCACUCUUGGCCUUGAGUUGGCAUGCAGAAGAGAUUUGGCCCUGUAUUUCUGCAAGUUGCUGAUCCUAAUAUAGGGAGUCAAAAAUCCUAAAGAUAAAUGCUAUUUGUGCAUUUAGCUUGAUGCAUUCUUUCACAGAUAAGCAUUCCAUAUCAAAUCUGCGUUGGCACAAUGGAUAGGAAAUGGCAAGAUAGUGAUGGAGGUGAUUAGUAAGUGUUAAUGCAGAAUGGAAAUGUACAUGAUUUUUUACUUGAAGUGUGAUUUUCUUCCAUUUUGAGCUCUGGACUAAUCUGUUUUUGAAAUCUUAGUUGACUGAAUUGUGCAGUUUAAUUGAAAACACAGAUGAAAUGUUAAGAAAGCAAAAUGAGCAUUUGCCUACCUUCUAAUAACUAGAUUUGAAAGUAAAUCCAGCUUUUUCCUCUUUGUGUGUGUUUUUUUAAUAGCUGUGAAAUAUCAGAGGAUAGUGGAAUGUGAUAAACAAUUAUGAUUUAAACAAUAAUAAUGUUUUGGAGACUGAUAGUGUGACAUAUAAGCUGGUCAUAACUUAAUCUGUAGCUUCUGGUACAAGGAACCCUGAGCACUGCAAUCUCUAAUUUACGCUAAUUUGCAGAUGCUGUACAUUGCAGCUGUGUGGAAGAAAUAAGUAAAUUAACAUACUUUCCAGAGCGUCCUGUGGCUCAUGUGAGACUAAAAGGUAAAGGUACCCCUGACAGUUAGGUCCAGUCGUGAACGACUCUGGGGUUGCAGCGCUCAUCUCACUUUACUGGCCGAGGGAACUGAUGUUUGUCCACAGACAGUUUUUCUGGGUCAUGUGGCCAGCAUAACUAAGCCGCUUCUGGCGAAACCAGAGCAGCGCACGGAAACACUGUUUACCUUCCUGCUGGAGUGGUACCUGUUUAUCUACUUGCACUUUGACAUGCUUUCAAACUGCUAGGUUGGCAGGAGCAGGGACUGAGCAAUGGGAGCUCACCCCGUUGCGGGGAUUCGAACUACUGACCUUCUGAUCGGCAAGCCCUAGGCUCAGUAGUUUAGACCACAGUGCCACCCGCGUCCCUUUUGAUUUUAGGCCCCAGUAAAAGGUUAUGCUUUCUACAAGGAAGUUGUAAUAGAGUAGUACACACCUGAACACCUGUUAUAUUAGCAUGAGAAGACAAAGGAUCAGUUGCUGUGUUAGUACUAUUUAUAAAAAAUAAGUUCCAGUUGCUGUUGUUACUUUUCAUUGGACUCCUGCAAACUGAAAAACAACUGUAUAUUUUCAGUGCUUUAUUUUGUGCUUACAAGAGCAGCAAAUAGCUGGCUGAUUUAAUAUAAAGUGGAUGCUCGGGUUGCGAACGUGAUCUGUGCGGGAGGCACGUUCACAACCCGUAGCGUGAUUCAGCACUUCUGCACAUGUGCAAAGUGCGAUUUAGUGGUUCUACGCAUGCAUGAGCGCCGAAACCUAGAAGCAACCUGUUCCGGUACUUCUGGGUUUGGCGUGGUGCGCAACCCGAAAACGUGCAACCUGAAGCACCUGUAACCCGAGGUAUGACUUUAUUAACCUUGAUGGCAACCCUUUCUCUCCUUUGCAUAGGCCUCAACAACCUCGUAUAACCAAAGAUGUAAUUUGCUUUCAUGCAGAAGAUUUCUUAGAGGUAGUUCAACGAAUGCAACUAGAUCUGCAUGAACCUCCGCUUUCACAGGUAAGUGUUUUGAAAGACUUGAUAAUUAUUUCAUUGAGAAUUACCAUGAUCCAGAAAACAUUUAUUAAUUUUUUUUUCUCUCUCUUUCUAGUGUGUCCAGUGGGUUGAUGAUGCAAAACUUAACCAAUUACGAAGGGAAGGCAUUCGAUAUGCCAGAAUUCAGUUGUAUGAUAACGAUAUUUAUUUUAUUCCAAGGAAUGUUGUGCAUCAGUUUAAGACAGUUUCAGCUGUGUGCAGUUUAGCUUGGCAUGUUCGGCUCAAGCUCUACCACUCAGAGGGAGAAAAUCAAAGCAUCUAUGAAGCAGGCCUGCCAACAGAUCCCACAUGUUCUGCUGUAGGACUUCAAACUGACAGUGUAAUCCACGCAGCGAGUAUAAAUGCCUCUGAAGACACUAAAUUUUCAGGCAUUCUGCAAACUAAAUAUGUCAAACAGGAAUUUUCAUGCACACAUGAACCUGCUGCAUCUUUCCAAAAUAAAGAGGAACCAAUUAUUGUUAAUCUUCCAGAAAAGACAGUAGCACCUAAUGUUAUGGAAUGUCAGAAUGUUAAAGCAAAGCUGGAUCAUGGUCAGUUGACAGGGUCUACGUUUGAAACUGAACCUGAAGACAAGGACUUGCAGGACAGCUUGGGUCUGGGGGGUCAUGUGAACCUGGAGGAUACCAGACAAAGCAGUUCAGCAUAUUCAAGUCUGCAUGGCAAACAAGAAGAUGACUUUUUGUGUUGAAGUUGUUCUGUGUGUGUAUAUAUAUUUUUAAAUUCCUUUUUAAACAUAAUAAUGUAAAGAUGCUUAAAUUCUGUGAGUCAGGUUUGUUACUUGCCUCACAUCUGUUACAGAAUAUAGUUUAUGUAGCUUUGUAACAUUCCUCAGUGCCUGUCCAUAACUGUGAAAGUAUCAAAGCACUUAGGGCCAGAUGCACUGUAAACACUGCAGGUGUAACAUAAAGAAGUCUUUAAAUAUGAGUUGUAGGUUUUAGACUAGAGCUGACAUUUAACAUAUAUUUUUUGUAAGAUAAGCCAGAAUUCUUUUUGACAAUUCCAGGCUUUUCCAUAGAGCUUAUUUAUACCAAUUUUUUUUCCUUUUUAACGUGUCAGCACUGUAGUGUAAAUAGCUUUUUUUAAGAAAAAUCUUUUUAGUGUGAUUUAUAUUGAAAUGUGAGCCACUUAAUAAAGGUUCAUAAUAACAAUAAUGGGUUUUAUUUUUCAGUCUCUUUAAAAAAACCCUCAAAACUUCUGAGCUAAUUUUCAAAACACUUAGUUUUGCAAGAAAGUGAAUAUUAUUGUAUGAUGAAACAAAAACCUUAGACAUUUAAGUUUAAAUGCACAGCUUCACUUUCAAAGCGAAUUUGGAUGAGUAGUUCAUGUGGUGGUUAUACAUGCAAUGAACUUCUCUUAUCAUCUUAUCUUACAUUGACAGGUACUUUGCUCACAAUACAGUUAUGAUAAACUUCAGAGAUCCCACUAUUUCCUGGUGUUCCCUACAUGAAGAGAGAUGAGUCAGGAAUCCUAAGGGAAAAAAUCGCACACAUAACAAAAACAUCAGUUAGAAUGUUUUGGCAUACCAUACAGGGAUACUUGUAUAAUAUUUGAAGUUUCAUUUUGCAACCUGAAAAUUCUGGAACAGCAGACAAGUAUUGAUAGGAGCCCAAAGAUGGAAGGUGACUAGAAUGUGUGACCUACCUGACCUUUGAGGGAACCUAAUCAAGUUUUUGAUUCUUAACCUUUAGCUGAAACUGCAUGCAUAUUUUUAUGCUUUAAUCCACAACCACAAAGGCCAAAAGAAUAACCAGAACUUGGACUUUGGGGAUUUUGGAGAAAAGCAGUACAUAAUUGAAUACAAUAAUAAAUUUACAUUUUAAAGUACUUGUAUAACUACUGCUAAGAAGGCCCUUUGAUUAAAUGUAAGACACAGAAUCUUCAUAGGUGUACUUAAAGCACAAGUAUACAUUAGGGCUGUAUUCUAGAGGGUAUUUAAUUUUGUCUUUAGCUCUUGGAUUACUGAAUUGGCUUCAUUGGUAGAUGCAGCCAGUUGAGUUUGUCCAGCCCAUUGGAAAGCAUGGCCACUGCUGCUAAGCCUCAUAGGUUUUGAAAGGAGUUAACACGCAGAAUGCUUAAUUACAGCAAAGGUUUAACAGCCCAUAACAUCUUCCCUUUUCAGCUUUAAAAAUAUAAACACACUUCAAGGCAAGAUGCUGCAAAGAUAUGAGGCCCUUUUUUUGUCCCCAGUGCAUCUUCGUAAUAUGAACUACAAUUUUGGCUCAUCUUGUGCAUUCAGUAAAAUUGAAGGAAGGGCUGUGGCUCAUACAUUGCAUAUGUAAGAGGUCCCAAAUUUAGUCACCCACGUUUCCAGUGAGGGCUAGGAAAGACUUACCUGAAGCUUUGGAAAGCUGCUGCCAGUCUUUAGAUAGCUAUGACCUAGAUGGACAAGUGUUGGGGUAUAAUACAGUUCCCUAUUACCUUAUAUGGUACAGCUUUUUUGGAUUGUGCCACUUCGCAAUCCAGGUUGAGAUGUAGUCCAUAUUGGGGAGUUAUUGAAGGUUUUUAGUCUAAGGAAAGCAUGUUUUAGCUUUGCCUUUCCCCAAAUAUUCUACUUUGAUAGGUACAAAGGGUUGUUGACAUGGGGUGGGGCACUGCAGCCUGCAUUUUUCACCUUUAUUCUGAAGUGGUACAGUCCUUAAGGCACAGUGCAACAUGGUGGGGAAAGGGAUCUGCAUCUUUUUGAAGUUUUUGAAAGGGAUGCAAUAUCUUUUGUUAGUUACCUAAUGGGCUGAACGUGUUACGUCCUUUUUUAAAGCGCUAAAACCUGAGCACUCUUAAACCUCCAAGUUGUUCACCUCAAACUAAGCAGUAAUUGGCUAUGACUAACUUUUGUUUACCACCUGAGAUGUUGCCCUAUGUAUCUUCCGUUCAGCUAGCUGCUCUCUACCUGAGCGUAAUUGGGUAUAAAGUACCUUUUCCUAUGAGAUGGAUUCUAAGCCCUGCUCGCUCCCGAAACCUAAAUCUCUAAAUCUUGAGUGGACACCAGUUCCAGUCUCCUCAACUUAUUCUCUCCCAGUUAUUACAUCCUAUCAUUGGCAUUCUAUCCUUUAUACAUUGAAACUUACUUGAGGAGUCAAGUUGGAACAAAUAUAACUUGCAAUAAUGGAGCUGGAGUUUAUUAUAGGAGGCAGGAUCCCCCCCCAAACAAAUCCAAAUCUACAAAUUAACAAUAGCCAGUCAAUUUAAGCUGUUAAACAAUUUUGUGUGAUUUGUCCUCUUCCAUAAAUGUUAACAUAUAAAUUGGCUCAGAACCUGAUGGUUUUUAUGUUGUACAAAUGUAAUUCACCUACAUCUGGCCCUAUACCAUUUUCCAGGCAGAAAUAAGUAGAGGUUUUAAACUCAAGGUUCAUACUUGCAUCAAGAAAUGUCACUAUUAGGUUGGUAACUGGUAAGACAGAUACAGAUGAUUGUAAGAAUCAUUAAGGCUUCCAUACUAUGUACGUGUGCCUGAGAAUAGGUCUAAAUUAACUCAGUGGGGCUUACUUCUGAGUAAACAUGUAUAAGAUUGUGCUGCCAGAGCAACUUCUCAGACUUCCAAGUUUUUCAUAGAAUGAAACAGCAUAAGAUGGAGACAUACAUAAUUGCUAGUAUAUCCUGAGGAGAGGGCCUGACUCAGUCACCAGUUCUUACUAAUACAUUAUCGUCUUAACUCACUACUCUCAGUCACACUUCUUUAGUGCCUACUGUAGCAAGAGACCUCUAUUGGUAAAUAUAGUUGGUGCACCAUCAAAACAAAAAUAAAAUAACAAAUGCUCUAACUUAACCUGUGUCUUUUUAACUUUUGUGCAAGUUUGUUAUAUUUUACACUUGUUCUAAUCCUUCAUUUCAUUUUCUGAUGCAUAAUACUGCUGUCAAGCGAAAUUUUUGCUUCUUUUUAAAAAUGCCUCUAGGUGUACACUUUGAUCAGGAGCUUCCAUAGUGCUCUUGUUUACUCUGAGUUGAAUGAUGCUGGACUUUUGUUUUGCUUUUUGUAUGCAAGAGCCACAGAAAAUUUAGCACAGCUGGCCUCCUGACAUGAAGAAAGGUUAUUCUAAGAAGUGUGCCCCCAAAGCUUCUGUUUCUUCUUCCUUCCUGGCUGCUCCACCAGCAACAACCACCUCUUACAAUGGGCAGAGACCAGGUAUUUAGGCUCCAGCUGAUUCCCACUUCAGCCAAUCAGAUGAAAGUGGAGUAGAAUUCCUUCCCCUGCAUCAGACCACCUCAUAUCCAUUGAGAUGUAGGCAGAACCUCCUAAUCAGACCAGAGCUAUCCAAUAAAAAUUGCUAGCUUUUAAGCCUCUAGCAUAGUGUUGCUUCUCAAAGCUGCCACAUAACUUUGCAACUGUCUGCCAUGAGCUGAUGCCACAUAAUUCAAAAUUUACAUUACCCUAUGCUGUGAAACUUACCAUUUUUUAAAAGCAAACUUUACAAUAUGCUUAAACAAAUGGCAGUUUCACCACAGUAGCAUUCUAUAUUGGAUCUUAAUUAGGUUCCAAACCCUGAUCUGAACCC